CAUCUAUGUCCCCUCCCCUCUCUCAAACAGGGCAUUUCCCUAACUUUUCUCUUUUUCUCGCAAGGCUAUAGUUCAAUAUUCCAGUCUGGGGGCACAUAUCCUGUCUCAAAUUCCGACUCUGGGCUCCUCGACGCCAAGGCACUCCAAUUGUUGCAAGGUAUGCUGCACAUUAUUCACCUCAGUCAGAUUAUCAGUGGUCGAGAUUGUGCCUAUUGUCUCAGAAACCCGUUGUUUCACGGGGGAUUAACUUUUUAUGCAUGUCUGUGGAAUCAACGAAGGUCAAUUAACGAGAUUAACAUGCAGAAAUCUGGAUUAGUAAACCACUUUGACAUAUGUUUCUAGGCGCGUGACGGUAGGAAGUUGCAGAUUUUACCGGCUUUUCAGAAACUGCAUGGAAAAUGUGCAAUACAUGCGAGUCACGUUUUACAGUUUGAUGGCUCGCUUUGCCAAACUUAUCAUGCAGUGGUUUUCCUGUCAAGUUAAGUGGAAUAAAAACGUGCUCUAAAGUGUUUCCCCAGCUGGGAUUUUGCGCAGUUUAAGUUAGCAGAAGCUGAUGUUGCAUUUUUUUUGCUCCAUUCAUAAAAGUUGCAGUGACAUGCAGAGAUCAUUACAAUAAUGUUUUAUUGUAAAAAGUUUGCAGAAAGCUGUGUUAAUGGCAGUUUUAUAGAUGUGACUUUCCUCCGUUUAGUCUCUUAAGAUGUGCAAGAGUUGUUUUCCUCGAUUAAUCGUGAACUAGUCGACUAAAUGUUUGGUUAUAUAUCCUAUGAUGAUCUAAAGGGCAUGGUGCAUUCAGGUGAUUCGAUGAUUAACUCUUCAUACGGGAUGAAAACUUUACCGUAAUCGUUUUGACAGCACAGACGAAGAAGCGAUUAACCGAAUGAGAGUCAGGAGAAUUGAUCUGGCAUUUCUUUUGUUCCGCAUUGAUCCCACUUCCAUCCUCAGUGCAAGGAACACAACACACAAAACUUUUUCUUAAACUUUUCUUUUUUUCUUGUGGAUUUCUUGUGGAUGGUCUGAACAAGUUUAUUACUGUGGAAAAUCUCUCCAAAAGCUCUUCACAGUUACUAACUAAUGUAAGGGACCUCUCAAUAAGCCAGAUGUGCUAGAAACAUUUAAUUUAUGAUCCUUUGAAAGAGAAAUUAGCAAUGCAUUUAUUUAAUAUCCAUCUCCCUUCUGGCUGGUCUCUGCCUUACCUCUUUUUUUGCUCUUGUAUCUACAUGCUCAAGUGAGUUCACUUCUCAUCUAUCUCAUCUAUACCAUUUAAAUUCAUCUGAGCCAGAGGGACACGGGGCCAUAUUUAUUUUCUUAUCUUGUCCAGCCCAGAUAUAUAAUGUGGUUGGACCCCUGGCUGCAGGGUUGAAGGCUGGGUCUGCUGAGGUUAUAUAUCACCAGGGGCCCACCAUAGACCUGUGGUCUAUAAUGAGGUGGAGAAGAGAAAAUAAACCCCAGGGCUGUCCAAUCACUUGGUCUAAUAUAACUUAAUGUAGCCAGAACAUGUGUGUAAGACUAUAGGCUAUGAGGUUAGCAAAUCAAAUAUAAUUAGAUUUAGGGCUUCAGACUUCAUAUAUUACAUAAUGAAAAAUUACCAGAGUAAUUUGAUUUUAUGCCCUGGAUGACUAACUGCUCUUUGUUAAUAAUUAAAUAUUUACAGUCUCUCUUAUUACAGUAAGUGUGAUGCGGAGAGAUCAUUACGAGAUGAUGGAUAAGCUUUACCUCAGCCCUUCCUACCACAUCCCCUCAGUCUGUCUCUCUGGCUCCCUCUAGGCAUAAAGAUAAGGUUUCAGGCCCCAAAACUGCAACAGUCUUUCAUCAUGUCUGCUCUUCAUAGUUUGCUUGUAUGGCUUUUUAAAGGCUUAAUUGGGUUUAAAUUUGCAGUUUAUCAUGAAGAGACUGAAGGUUAUAUAUUUAUUUAUGAAGCAAAUACUUUUUUGUCUUUUGACCUUGAUAAAUGUUAUUUUAUUGAUACACUGGUGGAUUGAGACUUAAAUAAAAAAUAACAGGCUUACAGAUAUUGUGCUCACCCACAGAGCUGUGUUGCUCUACAGGAAAAUGGAGGUUUCAUCUUAUUGCAGUGGUUCACUUAGAAAUUACAGUCCAACUAUUAAGAAAUGUAGACACUAUCUUGGGUUUUACGGGACUGUGAUCUUUGUUGACUCCCAAUUUAACAGCAAUAAUAAUUCAUACUCGACAGCACUGGCUCAUUUCUCUCUAGUGAUCUUAUGGCUUCUUUCUUUCAUCUGAUGUCAGUCCAUAACUGGUGUCAAUGAAGUGGUAAACCACUUUUAAGACUACUUUGAAGUGAAGAAUAGUGAAAAAAGUUAUGGGAAAUCAGGAUUUCUGUGCGUCUUCUAUUUCCUGAAAUGUUCUUGUUCUUUCUUUCUUUCACAAACCCAACACACGUUUUCGUUCCAGCAUAUUAAAAAAAUAGAAAAACAAUGAAUAAUGUAUGAGAUUGAUUGAUUCACAAAGGUAGAAAAAAUGUCAGUAGAGUAGGCCAAGCACCUAUUGCUAAGAAGUAUGUGGAAAGAUGAUCUAAUCACGUAGAAAAGUCAAGAAAGCCAAAAAGUUCCAAGUACACCAGUGUCAAAAGUAAUAAACAUAAUGAAUUCAUGAAAACUAAGUAAAAAGCUUAAAAUUUUGCCAUCACUAUAGAGAAGAGAACUAUGCAAGUUGUUAGCUAAAAGUGACACAAACAGCUCAAAAAGUUAACUUGUGAGUGCUGAUAUCAUAGUGAUCUGGCUUCUCCCCAAAUAUGCAGGCGGCCCAAGUCACAUACCACCCUGUGGCCCAUUUCCUGCAUUUCAUUGUUUCCUCAUUUAUCUACUGUCUUCUACCUGUCAAUGAGGGCCAAAAACUUUAUCAAAAAUUAAACAAAAAGUUUGAAGAUAAAAUGAAUACCUUUACAAAAUCCAUCUGAAGUCUACCAUGUUUUUGCCAAUAUUUCCAAACCCCAUAGAGAGGUGAGACAGAGGAUCUUAAAAGCUGCUGUGUGAGAUGAACUGAUCUGUCUUCAGCUAUUUAUGAGUUCAACAGUUUUUUGUUUUAGCUUUCAUCUGUCUCUUUCCUGUCUAGCCUCUAUUCUGGAGUGCUCCCCAGGACUUGGUCAGGGUCCAGGUCUACAUCCCUCUGCUCAGCCUGGGUCCGCACAGAGAAUACCUGACUAGGGAGUGAGUGGUGAAACAGAGGUGCUACGACUGGAGGGAUAGCCAGACCGACCAAUGGGGUCAGGGAAGCUGGCUCAGGUGCUGCUGGGAUGGGCAGCGGUGUGCCUCUCAGCUGUCCAUGUGAAUGGUGCUCAAACUGGAGAUGGACCGUACCAAGCAAGCCGGUUCACCGGCACUGUGGACCAGAGAGAGGUGCAGCGGGUUCGACGUCGUGGUCAGGAGACACUGAGAGGGUAAGGAAGAGAACUUUUGUGUGUAUGCCAACUAUUGUUUUCAUUGUGCGUCAUUUUUUAAACUCAAAAAAUCUCCUCAAGUUUGGUUUUGCAAACAUAACUCUGAACAUUUGUUGAUGUGUCUGGAGAUGGUUUGAAUAUAAAUGGCUUUUCCCUCUCUGCUUUCCUGGCAACACUCUUUCAACUGCUGUGCUUCCUGGUCUGAGGCCAAGCUCGCCUUAUACCAAAUUAUGCUGCUGAAUACUACCACAUUGUUUUCUCAAAAACAGCACAUGUUUGACCCUAACAGGCUGCUUGCCACUCUGAAAUUUCCCAGUGUAUUUACAGCAAAUUGACAUUUUCAUGGGAAAGGAAAAAAACUCAGCUUUCUAUACAUCUCAUGAUGAGAUGAUGACUGAAAAGCUUGACCCAAAUUCCCCUGACUGUAUUAGUUAAGCUGGAGAAAGUAGUUCAAGACUGCUGUGGGGGGAUUACUGGCCCUGCUGUGCGGUAAAUAUGAACCUGCAUGUGUGUGUUGUUCAUUUGAGUGUAUGUAUGAAUGUGGGAAAUGAAGUGAACCACAAAGAUCACAUCACCUUUAACCGGCUGUAACAGACCCCCUCUCACCUCCUCCCCCACUCUCUUUCUCUCUUGCUGUCUAGCUCUUUAACUUUGUUUCCUAAACAUGACAAAUUUGGGUGUGGGGUGUAUAUAAGUGCAGCUAAAAGAUUCAACUGUAUAGUUUACCACUUCUUAAAAAACAAAGAAAGUUUUGUUGGGGCCAGUUUUCAUGUCUGCAUCAGUUAUUCCAAUCAGAGUCCCAUCUGUCCCAACUUAUGAGUCCCCCAGUGCCAAGCCACAGGAAAUGAGGUAUUCGUAUGACCGGAGGGGGGUAUGAAAAGGGGCAUUUAUUUCACUGCUGUAGGUGACAGAGCUACUGAGACAAGAACAGGGAGCUUAAAGAUUGAAAGAAAGAAAUUUGACAUAUAAAGAAGGAAUCACCAAGGACAGAGAGAAACAGAAAACACACCAGACACAAUGAAUUGUAUUUAGUAGAAACUCAUUAAUAAAACAGGAUAGAGUUCAGUCUGAGGAGUAGAGCUGGUGUUUUCUCUAUAAACAUGGUCAGUGGAAACUCCUGCUGGGUAAUUGAAAUAGAUAUUCCCUGUUCUGUCAUUUAAAAUGGUUGACAUGGAAGGUGUCAGCCCAUGUUGAAUCAAAAGAGAUACUAAGACAAAACAUUUUUUCCCACCAAGCGUAGAGUGUGCACGCGGUCCUUUUAUAUUUCUGCUCUAGUUAUGAGCCAGAAGAGAGAGUCAAGAAAGCAGGAGACCUUGCACAAUAGUAGAUUAUUUCCACCAAGCAGCGUGUGAUUUCAUGAAAACAUGUAAGAAAAGCCUGCAGACUUUUUCCAUUACAUUGUUAAGCUCUGGAAACACGACUGUGUUUGGAAUGAACGGCUCAUGUACUGACAGCUUUGUGUACUGAAGUUAAUUGGUAAUGAGAUUACAGAGCAUCUUUGAAGCUCAGGGUACUUUAAGGCUAAAAAGAUCUGUUUGCAUGCUGGGCUUCGGGCCAGUUUGGGGACCACUAACCAAAGUUGUCUGACAAAAUGUUCAACAUCCUUUUGAUUUCUUUUUUAGGUGUUGCCUGUUAACUGUCAGAUGAAUUAAAGAGCAUUUGCCAUUUGCCACAACAGGCCUGGCCAAGGCAAAUCAGCUAAAUGUGCUGAAUUUAUUUUCAGUUACUGUUGAGUGUCAAAGGCUGGGAACGAUCACAGCUGAUCUGACAUUGGACUAAAUUAGUCAUCUACAAAUGUGCUUGAUUCAUCCAACCUUUCACAGGGUAAAGACAGUUGCCUUCUAUCAGAGCCAGAUCUUUGUUAUACAGGAGUUGUUGAAUUGACUACAACUCUCUUAGCCCAUCAAACUUGUGUUACAUGUAAACUCCAGCCUUUGUCUUGUGGUGAAGAGGCAGACUGUCAGUAAGUCAGUUUGGCUUUCAUGGAUUCUCUGUGUGGGAGAUGGAGGGAGGUUAGUUUAAUGAUGGUCAUUAUGCUGGCCUUGGGCUGGGGUGCUGUGUUUAUUUGCUGGCUAGCGCACCAUAUCCCCUGGUCUGUCUCUGCUAGCAUUAGGUCUGAUGCUGACUGACUCUGAUUUAUUGGCUCCCACUGCAGCCUGGCAUCAGUCCACUCACGGGCGGUAUCUGAUCAGACCCGAGGCUGGCUGGCUUGCCUUCUUGAUGGCUGAUUGACUGUCUGGUUGGUAGUGUGAGAGAAAGACAAGCAUGAGGCAGAGACUGAGAAUUUUUCUUUUGGCUGAAACAUCUGAAUAUUCAUUGUUUAAGAAGACCUUUUGAAUGUUGGACUAAAAGGGUCCAGACAAAUUUUUUUUUAACUCAUGCACCUUAUUAACUUGGCCCAACUUUGCCGAGCUGGAGGCGGCUCUGCCUUGGACUCUGACUAACUUGGCAGCCCGAUAGCAGAGAAUUACACCAGACCAUUCAUGUCCCUCCAAGAAUAAUGUCAGUACCACCCUGAUAGCCUGGAUGGGGUCCUCAGCCUACUGCCUGUCUUGUCGUAUGCUUCAUUUGAAAGCAAAUAAAAGCAUUUCUCUUUUCUGGAUGACUCAGUAUGAACCUGCUAACCUCAGACGAACAGUAUCGGAGUGUUUUCAGGAAAUGAGGAGAAAAAAGCCUGAUGAAAUGUUCAAGAGGAAUUUAUAUCUGGACUGAGUGAACAUUUGCCAGUUUCCCUCUCUGUUUUAUGUGCAUUAGGUUCCAUUUAGGUUUUAUGUGUCUGCAUUUAAUGCUUACUGUAUGAGCUGGCUAAGACUAAACUGUAAAAAUGGGAUUAUCUUGGACAGCUGAUUGGCAUGUGGUCUCUUACAAAAGCAGCUUCCACUUAAAUGUCUGAUUGUAUGAAACCUUUCAGCAAUCAGUUUACUUCCUCAAUCGGACAUUUUUGGAAACUCACAAACAUUUUUCAUUCAUACACAAGAAGCCUUUGCAUGAGCUGAUCUAUUAAAGGAGCUUUAUUUGAUUUUCAAUUGCCUCUGCUAAACAGCGGGUCAUCGGAGCUAAUCACAAACAAAAACAGCUUUCAACAAAUCAUUUAAAUCCAAACAGUCUGGCUUUUAUUGAAUCAGAACUGAUAAACAGAUAUAUUGCCUGGGGUUCAUGUGGUUCACCACGGCUUGAGUUAUCAUGCUAGACAACUACAUCACCUGACAAAAACCCACACCACUGGACUAGUUCUUUAGAUUUUAGUAUUUUUUUUCUAAAUCCAAUCAAUCAAGUAUUUGGUCAAGUUUUGUACACAAAAUGUAAUGGGACUCAUUUUUUUUGCAGGUAAGUGCAUAAUUAACCGAGUCAUUUAAUUGUCACUCCCUAACUAGUUGGCACCAAAAUUACAAGUCAGCUGGACUAAUAUUUUCCCGACUCUGAUGUAAACAAGCACAGAUGACAGAUGGGAUAGUGUGGCCUGCUUUAGCAGUCUUUUGAUGUAGCAAAUGGCAACAGAGUGUUAUGUAGGCUGUGUCUGGUUGAACCGGCAUGAGACCACUCAAGCUAUGCACAAUCAUCAGCAUGCAUAUUUGGACGUUUUACCCACAAAGAGAACUGAACGCCGGUGGUGCUAGCACUGCUAAUGCUGGCUUUAUUUAACAUGCCAAUAUGACACUGUUUAGCUGCAGACUCUGUGAUCUUUUGUAAAGAUGUGUGAAAGAAAUUUGGGUAAAUUUUGACUGAUUUCUAUGUACUUACCUUUAAAAUUGUAGGUUACUCAGAAUUUUGAUUUCCUCUUAAGCCACAGGGACUUUUUGGCUUCCAUCGAUAAAUUUUGCUGAAAAUGUAUCUAUACUUGAUUUGUUUGAAUGUUACUUGGAUAUAUGGGGAUUUUAACACCUACAUACACGUUGUUAAUAGUAAUUUACUACAAUGAACAUUUAUUUUGAUAUUUUGAUAUUAUUGCAUUUGUUCUUUCACUGUGAAUUUCUUAUGACUGCUGUCCAUUCCCCAAUUUCUCCAUCUUUUGCCCUCCAUUUUAUCUCAGCUUGGUUGGUGUAAAGUAUGUCUCUUUGUUUUGGGUAACUCUUCCACCACAGAUCAAAAUCUGCUUUGCUUUCAUUGGGCUAUUCUCUACAAACUUCACUCCGUCAACACCCCCAGUUUGAGAUCAGAUAGCAGAGCAACAGUCCCAGGUGUUGCUGGAGGCAGCAAUACAUAAGCAUCUUGCCGAAGGGGGUCAGAUACCAGGCAGAUGACCUUUGACCUCUGACCAGUACACUGACACAUGUAUCUACUGACACAGACACCUGACCUGAGGCCCUAGCAACUGUGAACUUCUGCUCUGUGUCUUCAUGGAAACAGGCUGUCUGUAGUCGUUUUCCAUGCCUGCCUGCUGCUGCCCUUCCUUGUAUGUCAGCGGAGACCGGCUGCAUUGAACUGCCCUGACCUUUGACCCCUGUGGAUUCCUGGGAAGAGGACCCUUAGGUCAACUACAGACAGAUAACUCAAGGGGUUUCUUUGCUUUAAACCCAAAUAAAGCUCAGACAGACUUUAAAAUAUGAAAAUUGUAGCCAACGCUCAUACAGAUUAUAAUUAGUUUGACGGUUUUAAAAUGAUUGGAUGAUAUGUGGAUUGUAAAACUUCCCAGAUAAAGUAGCCAUGACCGUAGCUCACCCUUUUCCUUUAGUCUCUGGCUGCAGUGUUCCUGUUUCCUUCGAUCUUCAUACUUCCCCUUGGAUGAGGUGGCAGCCAUGUUCCUUUUAUUACUAUUAAUGGCAGUUAACGAGCGAUCCACGGCCCGGGAGGCAACUUCAAAGGCAGCGCCAUGGCCACAGAAGAGUUAAUCUCCUUUAGAUUGAGCUGCGGGAACAGUAGGACAUUUCAAUAUUGAGGAAAACCCCUGGGGCUUAAACUGCUUUUUUAUGGCUGUCUUUCAUUCUGUUUUACUUCAGUUCAUCCUCUAAAGCCUCCUCUAUGUGAUAGGAGACCAGGCACUGACCUGAAGGAAAGACUUAGAGAGCGGGAAGAGAGGAAGAAUAACAAACCAGAGCACCUCAGGGUCAGGCCCGUGUAAUCCUUCAUAUAUUGACAUCCUUAAGGUCUGAAACAGUGGAAAAUCUUAGACGCUUCGCAGAGAAAUAGAUCAGCGAAGACGGGUUCACUCAUUAAGUGCUGGAAUGCCAAAGUCUCGCUCCAUGCAUUUCUGAAGUUUUUUCAAAGCUCUCAAUGGUUUGUGUAUUUACCCCAGAAAUUCAACCCCCACCAAGGGUCCGGCCUCUUCUUGCUUAUGCUGCUUUCUCCUUUGUUUCCAUAUCUCAGUUUUCCGUCCCACUCCUCCUCUUGCUUCCUCCUCUUCUCAACAUAAACUUUUUUUGCUUUCCCUCCCACUGAUCCCCUGUUCCUUUCCCACCAUCCUGUCUUCUCUCCCCCUGCCCGCCAUCCUCUUCACACUUUCUCUCCAAAACCAACUGUCAUGUUUGAAUCUCCCAAAGAACCCGCGGCUUUUGUCCUUCCUCCCUUCCUGUCUUAUUUUUAUCUUUCUUUUUUGUCUUGACUGAGUAAACAUGCCUUGUCUGCCUGCCCACCUGUUUGUCUGUCUUCUUGUGCCAUCUGGUAAUGUGUUCGGAGGUGUGCGCCGCUCUGCAUCCAUCAGAGAUUCAAACCCCAGCUGCCAUCUCUCUGGGGGAAGAGGAGGAGGAGGAGGAGAGAAGGUUUCAAAGAGAGAAACUUGAGAAGUUCAUCAGAGUUAACAGUUCAUUCCCCACACUGACUCUUGAUCUGUUAUCCCCCGGUUUAGUCUACAAACUGUUCCCCUUAUUUGAAGCUUGUCUCCUAAAAUAUUGAUCACAAAAGUGGAAAAGUGAGUUUCAUUCUAUCUUGCGAGAGGGUGUCAAUCUUUUUGUGAAAAUUUAAUUAGCAAACAAGAUGACAGAGAACUUAUUUUAAAUGUUGAACUACUCCUUUAAGUCAUUUAUUACACACAAAUGCAUGAAUGUCACUGGUUCUAGUUUCUGAAGUAUUUGUUCUUGUCGUCUCUCUGAAAUUCAUAUACUUAUUGAUAGUGUGCUGCUUAAAUCAAUAAUAAUUGGAAGUUGCAACAGCAUUUCUGACAAUGAAGAUUAAUGACUAUUGCUUGUGGGAUAGCAAGUUUUUCAAUGACAUAAAUUUGACAAUAAUUUUUAAAGCAGUUGAGUAUUUAACUUUCAUGGUGCCUCAUAAGAAAAGAAUAAAAAUGAACACAUGAAAGCUUCUCAUCAGUCUAAGAGUUUACUCGUGAUGUGGCACGCCACUGAGCACAUUUCUGCAGCAGGCUAACUUGUGUGGCUCUAGAGAGCGCUCUGCAAUGUCUGACCCUGAUGAGAGUCAUAAUGAUGUCAUCAGGAUUAACUCCAGUUCAGUCUUGGAGCCCAUCAGCGUUGGCCUGACAAGGACUCAGCCUCUGGGAGAUGCUGCUAAUAAUUCUUCCACUGUAACUUCCACUGCAGCCAGGAGAUAUCUGGAUAACUGAUAACAGACAUCCGGGCCAAAACGUCCCCCUCAGUAUGCUGGUGAUGUUUACUGCCACACUAGCAACCUGAGGCAACAGAAUCGAGUUCAUGUUAAUAGGGACCACAUUGUUACAUACAUGCAUCUGAAAAUGUGUUCAUAGAGGAACACAAAUAGGGGAAUUAUUGUCAGACAGCUGUUUUUAGUAGUUUAUAGCUCUUUGCUUUCCUCUUGGACUUUUUCCCACAAGUGUAGCCCACUUUCAAACCUGAUAGGUUAAAACUAGGACUACUGCUUUCGUGACCAAAACAUAUGACUGAAUUGAGAAUCUGUCGCUGGAAAUAAACAUGAUUCAAAACUGAGACUUUAAAUUAGAAGUGGGACAAAAGUUUGAUAGAACAAUGCAUUAUCAUUCUGAUCUGGCCAAUCAUUUAUGGCCUCAAAGGACCAAAUAUUUAUAUUAUACAUUGAGGGAUUGAUAAAGUUCUUCCUUUUCUUCUUCUUUUCAUCUUCCUCUUGUUUGACUUAACAUGCCACCACUUAGUCAUUACUCAGGGUGGGUCUGAUGACAUUUUAUCAUGCGCUCCACUUUUGAGGGACAUUUUGCGUUUUUAAGUAUAUAUUAGCAUAUGUUCUUUUGUUUUCUUUUUGUUUUACAACUGUCUUACAAGUCAUCAACUAUUGUAGAGGUGCUAAAUUUUCAUAUUAUUGUUAUAUUAGGCAAUGAAUCUGUUAUUGGAUCUUAUUGUGCUAAAUUGUAUCGUGUCCUUUUGUUUUUUUCUCUUUUUGUUUCCUUUUGCUUAAUUUAGUUUUGUAUCGAUUUGUGUCGUAUCAUAUGUAUCCCAUCGUAUCAUCUUAUAUCAUAUUAAAGAACAUAGUAUUAUAUCAUAUAAUAUCAUGUCAUGUCAUAUCAUAUAUUGUUAGUCUUUCAACCAUUUCCAUCCCUUUGAAUAUUAAAAUGGAAAAUUUUCAAUUAUGUGGCUCAUUUCAAAGCGCUAUGGUAAACUGUAGGUAUUGAAGCUCUUUGGAUAAAGUUGCAUUAUCAGAAAUGCAUUAGUUGGGUCUUUCACAAGUCCCAAAACAUUUGGUAGCAUAAUACUUAGCCUAUAUACAUUCUUUGGAGGGCUUUAUGAGUUGUUGUCUGAUUGUACCACUCCUUGGUAACCUUAAAAAAUCCAAGGCUAAUCUAGCGUGACUUUGAACAGUCAUAAAUAACAUCCUGGGGGUUGAUACUGCCCUGGCAAGAGAGAUGUAAUCCCUGUGUAAUGACUUUACCACGAGCAUCUGGAUCAGACUUAAUUCCAAUUUACCAAACUGUGGUCCAUCAUGGCCUUUCUUAGUCAUGCCAACAGCAAAUGCAAAAAACUAACCACCAACACAGAUGCUGACGGAUACACCCGUCAUUAUAUGCUUUGAGAGGUCACUGAGGAUAUCAUUAGCACCACCACAGUGUUGGAAUCCCUUCAGCAUGUUAAACAGCUUCAUGCUACAUCUUGGUGCAUAACAUAGAAGUGUACGCUUUUACAUUUUCUAUGGUUUUCGGUUUUGUAAUUGAUACAAGUCAGCACUCAAACUCAGUUUUUGAGUAAACAGAGUCACAAGUAUGUGUGUAAUUAUUCAUGUGAGAUAAAAUCUCACGCAUUUUGAGCAUCGGUUUGUAUGUUUUUCAGCAGCCUAACUCAGGCCAACUGCGUGUUUACGAGUGCGUUUGUGUGUGUGCGUGUGAGCAGGGGGCAAGCCACUCUCAGAUGUGGUUUAGCCAUCUCCUAUGAAGGAAAAUUUGUGGCUAACCUGUCAGGCCAAUCGAGGCCUCCAUAAGCUGUGAUGAAUCUUACAUCUGUCAGACGGGGUCAAAGUUCUCUGCAGGCUGAGGCAGUGAAGGGGGGCAAGACUGGAUACUUGCCAGAAAACAGGACAGCCAGUCAUGGAAUUUAGGAGAAAGGAGGUUUUUAUACAUCCUGUCCCUCAGAGUUUGAAUUCAGCCAUGAAUGAAAACAAAAUGCUUCUCCUCGUGCUGUAGCCCCCCUCACAUUUCCUUUCUUCCCUGCCCUUUCUGAAAAUACCUCCAUCCAUCACCCAAGGAGGUUUGGUAUCAAAGUUUGUUUUGUUUAUUCUGAAAGCAGAGGCCUUGCAGGUCUUGGGGAGCUUAGUAAAUAACUCAUAGCUGUUUCUUCAAGGGUCUGAAUAAAAUAUAUUUGGGAGGUCUGGGUGUGUAGUAAGUUUGUUUGUUCUUUUUUUGUGUGUGUCUGUCAGGCCCAAUGUGUGUGGCUCUCGCUUCCAUUCAUACUGCUGCCCAGGCUGGAAGACUCUACCGGGAGGAAACCAGUGUAUCGUUCGUAAGUAUCUCUAUCCUCAAAAUCAUCUUUCAUAUGAAAUUCUGAAGUCAAGGGAAAGAAAUAUCGCAUAGAGUCACAGGAUAUAACAAGUUUAUGUAUGGAUAAAACUUACUGUACCCUUCUUCUUCUCAGCUAUUUGCAGGAAUUCAUGCGGUGACGGCUUCUGCUCCAGACCAAACAUGUGUACCUGUUCAAGCGGUCAGCUUUCUCCCAGCUGUGGAGCAGGAGCAGGAGGUCAGUUUUUGUCCCUUAUUGUACAUACAUAUUCAAUUUUCAUCAAACCUCACUCAUUAGUAACAGGAGACGUGUGAAUUUAAAGUGUCACCAGCACUCAAGGAUUCUGGCGCUAGCUGGCUAUCUUGUUAUCCUGGUUCUCCAGCUUUUUUCAGUAAAUUAAAUUAAAAGGUUUUACUGGUAGUUUCACAUUUCUAAGUCUUGUUCUGUUUAAAUCAAAUAAGUUUUUAUCAGUUUAAGAGUUUUGUUGGGCUGACCCGCGUUGACCUCCCGUGCGCAGUCACUGUGCUAAGCUUGUUAGCUAAUUCCAAAAGCUUUGUCUUUGAGAGACAAGAAUGACAACUGUCUUAACUGAAUCAGUGUGCUUUCCAAAUGAAGGUGGAGAAACCUGUCCCUUAAAAAUAUAUUUAUCCUAAAAUAAUCCUGUUAUAUUAUAUUAUAAUCAAUUACACCACUGUUGGGGCUCGGAUAGAAAUGGUUUAUCUCCACUGACCCAGCGCCUGACUCCACUCCCCUGUGCUGGUCGUGUUAAGUGGCCCAAACUUAUGAUGAAAUGAUAUCGCCCGAAACACUGAGCUGUUUCAGCUCUAACUCAUCCAAUUGUUUGGCUAUUUUCCACAUGUCAUGGUCCCACCCUUCUCUCAUGGGAGCCAGAAUGAUACUGCAGCCAAUGUAAUAGUGGUGUAGAGUCCCAGGCCUGCAGUCUGCAGGUCACAGGGUUUGUCAGGAUUAAACUAGAGAGUCUGGCUGCCCCAGCUCAAUCUACUGGGCUUAGUUAUGGACCACUCAGGAUGUGUGUGUGUGUGAAAGCAGUGGAAAGGAGAAGGUCUUUUACUGCACAUGUGGAGUGUGUGAAAUCUUGUUUGUCUUGGUAAGAUUAGCGCAGUGUGUGCAGGGUUUGAAUAUGAUGUUGAUAUAUGCAAGGCACGCAGAAAACAUCACUGUUAAGCAGCUCUAGGGGGCAUGCAGAGUAUGUGUCAAUGUGUGUAUUAAGAGGCGUGGAGCGUGUUCAGCUUCACUGCAUUAGUCGGGCUGAAGUCAGCUCGUCAGUCACGCUUGGCCCCUGCCAGACCCUUUGCACAUGCUCGCAUUCCACUGAGCCCACUAACACACAUUUUCACUUGCAAAACACUAACAGACUUACAGAUAUGCCCAGGCAUUGAUACUGACAGAGAUUUCCAAGGGAAAUGUAAGUAUCAAUCUGUAGACUCUGUAAGUGAUUCAACAUGUUUGGAGCUCAAGAUGUAGAUGCAGACUAUCAUCAGAGAGAGCUCCAGUUUAGCAUGGAUGUUGCAUCUGUGGAAAUUGCUGCCACUACAAAACAAAAGGAAGUCCUUUUAGAUGUUGUUUUUAUUCCAAUAAAGAGGAAAUUUGGAUCUGUUUGUGAAAAAAGUCUGAGUUUGGUUUGCUCUCUCUCAUCCAGGCAUAAAUGUUAUUAUCAACAGGGACAUGAAUGGUCAGAUGGAAAAAAAACCAACAGGAUACACGCAGAUCUCCUGCAGAGUUAGUGCUUUGGCGAGAGCCAUGAAGUAAUGUGCCUUAGGGACAAGAAUGGCGCGAGAAAGUUGUAAAGUGAUAAAUUAGACUGAAAGCUAAGAAGAGCUGGACCAAACUGGCUGUCAGAGGUUGCGGUUCUCAGCUUUCCUGCUGGGAUUUUUCUUGGCUGUUGUGCAGGUUUACAGGCAGUGGGAAGGAAGGAAAGUGAGCUACUGGCAUAGCAGAUGACUUGGAUGAUCAGAGAUAGCUUUAUUGUUUUAUGAUGAGUAAAUGAGGAGCAUGUUUAAGAAGGAAUCACUGCUUCCUCUGGCCUCUCCAACAGCCUCCAUGAAGGUCAGAGUUCAAACAGCUUUAUGACCUGAGAUAACAUACACCCCUCAGUGAACGCUGUGGAAUGACUCCUGUGGUCACCUCGUGUAAAGGUUGGCCUUGUCCUUUAAUCGUCUUAAACUAGAGUUUUCUUAAAGUAUAAAAUGAAGUUUUCUCACUUUCCUCCAAGUUCAUACUCCCAAACUCCAUCGUAUGCACGUUUUUCAUUUUCUUGGGUGAGAUAUUCGUAAUCACUUCCUCUCCACUUGAGAUUUGGAUGUUAAUCUUUGUUUUGACUAGAACCCCCACAGAACCACACUUACUGUCUUGGGCGUGUGUGUAUCAUAUUAAUAAGCUGAAAACUGUUUUCACACCAUUAUCUGUCUCUAAGGAGUCAAAGCACCUCGCCAAGAGAAGGCAAGCAUUCCUCAUUGGAGCUCUCUUCUUCCAAAUGUGCUUACCCUCAAAUCCAGCUUUUGGAAAGAGUCCAUCAUUUAACAGGAUAAUUCAGUGCAGUUGGGAACAAAUUGCAGCUCUAUGGAGAUCCAUUUGGAAACACCAAUUUCCUCUUCCUUAAUUACACCAUCUUAUUCUAGCACCCUGGUUUACGGGGUUAUAGAUAGCAUCUUUAUGUCUCACGUCUUGUUUGUGGAAUGUAAAAGCUUUAAUAAAUCAGUGACACGUUUAGGGUUUCCUUCAUGUAACACAUAUCCUACGAUAGCUCCACACAGAUGGGCGUCUGGGAUUUUUAAUUACUCUUCCUGGAAUCUUUUCCUUUAGUCCACGAACAAUAAAAACACAUGCUGUGUGUGGAUACACUUGAAGGAGAUUACACACUUCCAGAAUUAGAAAAGCAAAACCUUUUAAACGCCGGUCUGGCGCUGUGCACUGCACACUUAGAGAUAACCUGGAGUUACGCGACAGUUUCCAGACAACAAGGGUUCACGCUGUAAGUCAACCUUGUAAUAAACCCACUGGCAGUUUAGGGCAGAGCAGCUGUGCUCAGGAUCCUACAGGGUCAUCUUUAUAACCUUGUCCUCCCAUAACCAUAAUUACUAAAUCAUUACGAAAGACGCUCUUCCCCUAAUGCUAAGAAACAGCUGUCCCUAGACUGACAAACUUCCACUGGCCAUUGACAGGGAGCUGCACAGAGUCCUGGGAAAGCAGAGAGAGUCACUUUUAAUUAGAAACCGUGUCGCUUCUGGUCCAUCUUGACCACAGAGUAAUGCUCACCCAGCAAUAAAUGCGGUCCAAUUCACCGUAAAAUUAAUGACGUGUUUGAGGUACUGAAUACGCUCAGCUGAAACAGACGGCAAGUUUUCUAGAAGGGGAAAAGUUUGCGUUCGACUCUCAUGAAAUUUAAAAUACAGCUUUCUGUUUCACUACAUCACCCAUCCAUGCUGAAAGUCAGAAGUCCCUUGGGUGUGCAUAAAUCAAGGCAAAACUGCUUAAGCUCCCCAGUUUUCCAUCAGUGUACCUGCACAAACACACAGACUCAACACACAAACCUGACCUUUUUGUGUUUCGCAGCCUCUCGUAAAAAACACCCAGAUGUGAGCAGCUCAGCGACGACACUUCCAGAACACAGAACUCUAUUGUGGUCCACCAAAACCAGCAUCCAACCACUUUAGCCGGACGUCUGGAAGAUUUGCUCGCACACACACAGAGUCAGAUACACACAUGCUUAUCCCCCAGCGCUGUUGCUUUGCACGUGCAGCUUUUCAGGGCGCGGGUCACUGGGGCAAGCCAUCUCUCUCCACCUGCAGGGAGAUGGAGUGUCAUGAGGAGGGGGAGCGAGGGGCGAAGUUUACCAGUGAGAUCAUCUCCUCCUGUCUCCAAAUGUGCUUGUUUGUUUCCCUUUCCUCCUCAUACUCGUCUCAUUUAGUUUAUGGAACAAAAUAAACAUACCACUGGCAGAAUCUCUGUGCAUUUCGCAGCACCUGAGCCAUCGAACUCUUGUUUAGGGGGCAAAGGGUUUAACAAAUGGGAAACUCUCUCUGUAUUGCAACAUCUCUUGUCUCAUCGGCCCUGGCUGAAUCUUUUCCCUAAGUGUAUGUUCUUGACCUAAUAAGAAACACUUUAAGUGGGGCGGGGGGACUUGUUGACAAAUGGAAGAGUUUACCCAAGAUGCCCUCAUCUUUUGGGGAGUCUGGAUUACAGCAUGCUGGAACUGUUCCCUUCAUGGUUUGUUACAAGACAGGAAAAGCUCCAGUCACUCACUGCAGUAAUUUGUUACGCUUCGCACCACUGAGCCUAUUGUUGGCCUUGAAAUGAAGGAAGAGAGUCAGUAAGGAGUUCAUGGUGGUAAGAAGAGAGACGGCACCUCCGUAUGCUAAGUGUAUAGACGAUAUAGCAGCACCUCAAACGUGAAGCCAAAACAUCAGGAGCUCCCUGCCCACUGGCUGCAGCAUUGCUUAUAAACUCUGCAUCUUCCAUGUUAACAGAUAGGACAUAGGUCCAACCUCAAAGUCAAAAUACACGUCAAAGAUGUUUUUCUCAGACAUGGUUUAUGUGAUAAAAAUUGAUUUUCACUAGACUGAUUGUGUCCAGACAUUCAUUUUCAUAUUAAAUUUGAAUUUACUAGUUAUGUGAUGUUAAGCCCAUGUUUUGAGAGAUGGCGAUUGCAUAGCGAAAUAUAACAAAAACAAAUUAAUCACGAAUCUCAAGUGAUCAUGCCAAAAAAAAGGAAAAAAGAAUCCAGCCAAAACAAAAACAUUUUCAGCCAAAAAGACAUGAAAUAACUUCCCGGUUAUAGUUUGGAUGAUGAAACAACAUUACCAAAUAUGUGUGCAAACACAUUUUUUUUUACCGUAUCUGACUCCUCUGAUCAGACUUCCAUCAUUAACACUGAUAAUCCUUUUAAUCUGAUUUCUACUGGAUUAAAAAAAAGAUUUUAGUCCAGAGUGGUUAAAGAAUACCAAAAUGUUGCAAAUAAUGUGUUUUGACAGAUAGUUUGAGAGAGCUGGCUCACCCCAUGUUUUUAUGAAACACAGGUGUAUAGUAAUUUUCUUCAAUUUAAAAUACCAGUAAAAGUGCCAUGUCAAAAUGAAGAUAAUUUUCUGGCAGCCUGUUGUAAAAUAAUUUAAUAGUUUAUUGUUAUCAUAAGUCUUGUCUCUAAUUUUUAUAGCUAUUUUGCAUGGCACCUGGGGUGGCCAAUCAGAUUUGAAGAGGGGGCCACACCACCCCUGGCCAUCCCCCAGGACACACCCCUGACACCUCCAUCUUUACAUUCAAUCAGUGAAACUGACCUAUAAACCCAAACUGCCCCAGAGUCCCAAACUAUUAGCUUUAAUUAUCCCCUUAUGUUACCAUGAGAUAUAAUCCAGGCGAAAAGCAGUCCCUGCCAAGUUUGCUCACAGUCUGCCAAGUGUUGCUCAGGAGAGAGUCUACUGCAAUUCCUUCUAGACUUCUGUGAAAUAUAUGAAGAAAAUGAAAACUCUGUUGACAGACUCAGAGAACAACACCUCUGCCUUCCAUUUACUGAAACUGCACAAGGUUCCCAUUCAAGAUUUGUGCUUUUGUUCCUUGACUCACGUAGCUGAAGUCUGCUGUGUAAGCUGCCAGUAAUGCUAGUGUGCGUGAUCACUAUGAAAAGCUACCCAGAGAGUAUAUUCACUCAUCAUGACUCACAGUCGUAUUUAGUGUGUUUAGGUACAUUCACAAUAAGUGGGUGGAUUACAGAGGCUGAAAUGCCUCCUGUUGGCAAGUGUGCAAACGUCCAAAGUCUCAUUAGACAGAGUCAGCUACGGGGAAGCUCAGUCAUUUCCCUUCUGCUGCUCAGCUCUGCAUGCCAGAGAUUUUAUAGAGAGAAAGAGACACAAACAGACAGAUGGAGAGAGAGAGAGGGAGGAAAUUAAUGUUGAACUUACAGUGAGGAUAUAGACAGAAGGGCAUGAAAAGCUCUGAGAGAAAAGGCAAAGUGGAGGAAGAAGGAAAAUAAAGGGAGACUAAGAGACCAUAAAGUAUCCUCUUGGCUGGAUGAAAGGAAUAAGAGGAUGCAAGGAAACAUUAUGAGGAAACAGUUCUCUAUCAUCCACAUCUGUAGGUGUGCCCUCUCUUCUUGUGUUUUGUAAAAGGCUGGCUCAGCAGAGAGCUGCCUGCCAGGUAGACCAAUUAGUUUCUAUUAUAAGAGCUGCUGCUACGUGUUUUAGACUGUAAGAUUGGCUUCCUCUCAGUCUGGUGUAGCAGUCUGCCAACCAGGAGGCCCCUGCUUCACAUCAUUAUACCCAAAACAUCAUGGCACAUCUACUUUUUUUACAUGCUUUUUCAAGUUACACCCUUUUCUUCAUCUUAAGUUUUCUCCCCUGUGCAUCCCGCUUAGAUUUCUUUUUGCCAUCGUACCUCUUUUCUCUCCUCCCUCCCUCUCCUAACUCUCUCACCUAGUUUCCCUCUUCUCUCAGCAAAUUCCUGAGUGAGUGAGUGACUGAGAGUAGCGUUCAGCUGUCUCAACUUAUUGCCUCCCCCCAGUCUGCUAGAUUGGCUUUGGUCUUGUGGCCGGGGGGCUUCUGAGCCUUGUCUGUUCAUCUAAAGCUACUAAAGAAACACCAGCUGAAGUGGAAAAUUCUCUAAAUGUGUUUAAUUGGCUGUGAAUAUUUAACCAUUAGAUGUUUGGAGCGGUUUAUUUUGUAGGGUAACAAUUUCAGCGUAACCAGAGAAUAGGGAUAACGCUCAGUUUGUUUAUAUGCUUUGAAAAAAAUCGAUUUAUUGUUAUAGUCUGACUGAACCUGAACAUGUUAACACAUAAGUUCAGCUGAAAUUGCUCUAAACUGAUCUUCUCAUAAGUGGACCAACCUACCUUUUGCAGUCUUUUAUCUUUUAUGUCUUUUAUCUUUAUCUUAUUUGGACUUCCUGUCCUUUUAGUCUUGUUUUACUUGUAAUCUUUUCUUAUUUAACCUUUUAGGCUUUUUAUUGUUUUUUCCUGCUCAUUUUUGUUAUUCCAUUUUAUCAUUAAUAUUACCAUCAUUAUUAUUUUAUUAGGAUUUUAUUAUCAUUAUUAAUAUCAUCUUUUUAUAUCUACUGUCCUGUUUCCUGCUUUCUACCCCCCCUUUUUAUUACCUUUCUCUUCUAAUCUAGUUUAUGUUUUUAUUUUGGUCCUCAUGGUCUCAUUUUAUGUUGUAGGGUUCUUGUAUAGGAGAAUUCACACUAAACAUGCGCCUCUCCAUUGCAAACCACUGCAAUGAUAGGAUGCUGUGGGUUUUGUGCACUACUUGUAACAUGCAAGUUGUUGUGGUGGCAAUUUAGCAGUAAAAAAAAAGGUAGUUUUGUCUGACAAAAAUGAUUCCACAGAGUGUAGCUCAAUGCGUGAUUUGUUCAUCAUAUGAUUUAGGCAUCAGUACAUGCAGUCCCUCGUUCUCGCCUGGCAAUGCUGCAUGCUAUAGCACCAGCACUGCUGACAGCCCAACUAAAGUUAGAAACGAACGAAUCACUUGAGGAAGUGAUUCGGUUCACUUAAAGGAUUCGGUUCUUUUGAACAAAUCGUUCGCGAACGUAACAAUACCAUUUUAAGGACAGUAGUCCAGUUCAAACGCCUUAUUGAUCUUUGGCUGUAGCUCUGCUUAACUGUUCAUGUGCAUUUAGUCCCAGUUUACCCGAACUGGGCAACAGUUGAUUUACUGACUAAAGCAAGUCUGCCUCCGCUAUGGUAGGUGGCGACGUGCCCCCUCUCGGUUCGUCACUAUCGGGUCAUUUCCUGGUUGAAAUAUCAAGUGACAAAAUGCGUUAGCAAGAAGCUAACGGGAGUGGAGUCAAAACGGUCACUUUUACAACUCUUAGCGGUUUGAUUUAACAACAGGAAAGUUUCAUAUGUUACAUCUUUUCUUCGUCUGUUGAGUUUUUUUGUUUACUUACCGGCUUCUUGCAACGCAACUUCCGACUCAAGGCCCGGUACGCGAACACUUGAGCAUGCGCAGAACGCUUAGGCUUGUUUCAGCCUGACUGAUCUCAAACAGUUUAAUGUAGGUGCGUUUGUCCUACUCUGAUAAGUUUGAUUUGGUGUGUUUGUUUGUCUCCAUAAAAAUCCAGCAUCAGUCAGACAGAGGCAAUAAUUUAUUUUUUCAACAUGUUAACAUACUGACUGAUAAAUAUAAUAAUGUCUGUUUUGAAACUCAACUAUUUUCACUGUAACUACUCUCACUUGUGCCUGCAUCUUUCUUUGUGCCCUUCCCUUUUUAACCUCCCUCUCCAUUUCUUCUCCCCACAGUUCAGUCCUGUAAUGUCAGGUGUAUGAAUGGAGGCAGCUGCUCGGAGGACACGUGCUCCUGCCCCAAAGGCUACACAGGCAGUCACUGUGGACAGCGUGAGUGAAAGCUGCUGCAAAGUCAGCACACUGGGGAAGUGCAUUGAGGGGGUUAAGUUAUACUGUGUCACCUGUUGGUGUUUAUGCAGCAGAUGUCUUCUGAAGAGUUAAAAGACAGGGGAAAUCUGCAAAUCAUGCACAUUUUGAAAGGCUCUAUCUUUAUAUAUCUUCAUGAAGCUUGAAGUCUUGGAACUUCUGAGAUCAUUCCAACCUUUGGAAAGAUUGGCCAAAAGGCUGUCAUGGGUCCAGCCUUAAUAUAAAAUGUAUAAAAACAGAAAGUCGGUUCACUAUAUACUCAUACUUUUUAGCUUUACUGCUCAGUUAAGUCCUGUACUUUUUAAGGCUGGAUAACUUCUAGCAUGUAGAGGCAGAACCUACAAUGUUAUGUGCUCAGAAAUGACGCCAUUAAUCAAAAUACAGAUAUGCUGUAUGUUUGUUAUACAAAUACAAAAUACUCAGUUUGUUUUUAUGAUUUUAAAGAUAUCACUUGAAUAUUUAUGAAAAUCUGUGAUUGUGUGUUUAUGGCUGAUCAAGAGAGCAGAAGUGUCUGAUACUCUUGCUUAAACAAUCCUGUUUUCUGCAGCUGUUUGUGAGAACGGCUGCCAGAACGGUGGACGCUGCAUCGGACCCAACAGAUGUGCCUGUGUCUAUGGUUUCACUGGCCCGCAGUGCGAGAGAGGUGAGUGCUAGCACUUGUUUUGCCCUGAUACAGGGUACCAUGUCUUUUCUGUUUGACUAUCAGACUCCAGUGACUACUAGAGUGACUACUAAUACUUGCACCUAUGUCCCUCUCUUAUCUAUGUGUAAAAUUAAGAGGUUUAUAAAGUAUUUAUCAAGCUUGGAUCAGCUUUGGCUAGAAUUGAAGCCAUGCAGUUAGUUUGGAGAGGUGGUAGACCAUAGUCUGGCUCUGCCUUUUAUUAGCGUACUCCCUCACAAACUCUGUGAUGUUAAGGAAGAUAUCAAACAAGAAGGACCUUGAAGUGGCCGUGUGGUCAUAAGUGUUCUUCUAUCAGCCCAGACACAUUAGAUUGUGUCCUCAGUGCUUGUGAGCGUGCAGACUUCUCUGACGUGGAUGACUUCUUAAAGCCAGCUCAGACAGACUGUGGGUGUUCGGCUCACAAGCUUUGAACACAGACCUGAGGUAUGUGUGGGGUGGGUGUGAAGUGAUGGCAGGGUGUUGGGAGUAGGUGGUGCCGUCUCGUGGCAGGUGAAAAAAAUGAUUUGAUGGCUUUGCUGUGUUUCCGAUUUACCUCAGUUCACCUUUUCAGAGGAAAGAAACUUUGUGCACUUUCAUAUCCUCUCUUAACUCACCUCUCUGUAACGCUACUGCUGUUACCUACACUGAGGUAAAGAAGAACCCUGUCUUUUAAUUCCACUCUUGUCAUUCUUUUCAACCUUUCCUCCAUGUCUUAUCACAAAUAUCUACUUGUGUAAAAACCAACAGCUCAAGUUUUUCUAAAUAGUGUUCCUCUCUCAUUCUUGGACACCAAAAUCAAGUGUGUAACACUUCCCUUGCUGUAUCUUUCUCUUUCCCUCAUUCAUCUUGCUCCUCAGCAAACCUUCUGGGUAUUGUUUCAUAUGACUUUUGGUGGUUGAGAUCACCAGAGGGUGCCCUACAGACAUCUGCCCCACCCCCCUCCAACCCACACACACUCACCUCUCUCAUCUCAGCAUCCCCACAGGACUAACAGAAUAGACUUUCUUUGUGGGGUGAUUGUGGACACUUCCUGAUGAGGAGUGGAGCAAGGUAGGGAGACUACAGAGGGGGAGGGGGUGCUGAAAAUAAAAAUGGUCUACCCAGCUGUGUACACAAAGCCUGGUGGAGGAGAGUACAAACACCAUGUUGGACGACAGGGAAAACACUUAUAAAUCUUUGUUUGUGUUUUUUAAAAUACCCUUGAGAAGAGAGGGGGGGCUCCAGAUGAACAACAUUAUUCUUAAGGAGUGACAUUAGUGAUGACAGAAAUACGGAUUGUUUUAGCUGACGUAUGUUGGGUUAGGAAAUUCGAAAUUGAAGCUUAAUGGUUUGGAUUUAGAGCGUGUGUUUUUUCCACUUUACUGUUGCAACACCUUCAAGUUUACAGAAGAAAUUCAGACAUUUGUCAAUCGAUUGGCCAGAAAACAGCUUUGCACAGCUGUCCACAUACUGUCAGUGAGAAAAAAUUAUUUUCAAAAUUUUAGACGCUGAAUAUCCUCUGAGAUAUUCUUCAGUUUUGAUGAAUGACCACUUCUGUUUUUUUCAGAUAUUGGGUUUGGUCUGUAAAAGAUGGGAUGCCCUUGCUGUAACCUUUGCUGCUCUCACGACUUAAUGUACUCUGUGGUUUGACAGAUUGAGUUUUUGUCCAUGACUCAGUAGAUUUAGUGUGUGUGAUUCAGCGGGAAGACUUCUAGUGAACGAUGACUAUGAAAAUGGUGAAAGUAAACCAGUAUGAAAAGGGUGUUGGAGAUGGAGUCGAGGGAAUCCUUUGAGUGUUUGUGGUUUGUGUGCACGUGCAGAUAUUUGUGGACAGCUCAACAUGCGUGUGCCUGAGGUUGCUGACUUUGGGUAUUAUGAGAUGGAAGUAGAGUUAGUCAUUCAUCUGUUGAUCAGAAAAAUACCUCCAAUAUCUCUGCCAUAGUUACCCAAUUAAUGUAAAACAGUAGUGUGUGUUACUCUUAACAGUGGUUGUUUUGAAAAAGUCAUUGAACAGAAACCAAUAUUUGGCAAACUGGUAAAUAAUAAUCUUAUUUUCUGUUUCACUGUUUUUAUGCUAGCUUUCUCUCUCUUUACUCUUUCCCAAUGUAACACAACCACAUUGUCCAUGUAGAGUCUCAUUCAUACAGGUCAUGGUUUGUCUUGAAAUCUCCAAAAUCCGGCAACUGGACUGUAUAGAGUUGACUCUAUCCUCUCUCUCUCUCUCUCUUUGGCUCGCACAUGAUGGUAAUUUAAAGCACGAGGUAUUGAAAAAUUGAAAGUAUCCAAAAUUUUGACAGCUAUAAUGUUUUUGUAUUGUUUCACCGCAUGUUCAGACAAAGGGAGUGGUGCCGCUGUGUCCACACAGCUUUGGCCCACAGAGCUGGCUCUGCACCAGUGCUGCUCCGUCCAGUCUGUCUCGUUGGACCCAUAAAAGCCUCUGUGGUCACUUCCAAAAUCCAGCCCAUGGCCCAGUCCAGAGCAAAUAAAGCGAUAAUAGCGAAGGGGCAAUUCCCUCUACCCUGCAGGCAAUGACGUUAGGGGUGUUUUGGAGUGCUGGAAGUGUUUGAUGUUGUGCUAUUUCUGCUCCAUUGACUCUGGAUAAGACUGGACUGAACAUGGAUGAACAAGGAAGCCUCAGAGGUGGAUUGCUGGAUAGGUCAAUUCGUAGGAAAAUUUCCAAUUUUUUUUAAAUCUGGGGCCCACAUUUUCUAACAGAGCUGUCAGUCAUGACUCUGCAGCCCCUCCCUCUAAUAUAAAAUUAUUUAUAAAAACUAAAACUCUCUAAAAAUAAUGAAAAACAUGUUAAAGAAAAUGGAUUUGACUUUUUUAAGUCUGAUUCAUGUUCUGUUAGUUACAACGGAGGAAAUGGGUAUUAUGUCCCUUAAUACAGCCGGUCAGUAGGGGGAGCUUUAACCACUUUGGCUUCAGUUUUAGAGGCUGAUGUGAUGUCCAUAUCUUUACUUUGAAUCUGAUUUGUGCAUUGAACUUUUUCAAUGAUGACUUUGAUGUACUGCCCACUUUAACAAUAAUUUCAACAGCUUCAAAAUAUGCUUCGAAAAUUGCAAUAAAUUGUUAUGUGAACCUGUGAUAAAUCUUAUGACUAACUCAGAUUUUCUGAGGAAAAAAAAAAUCCAGAUGUGUCUUCCAUAUCCAGAAACAAUAUAUGAAAAACCUUUACUUCUCAGCCAUUUCUAAUUUUAAUUGCAACUGCGAAGAUCUCACUUGAAUUAAUUAUUUGUAAUGUGAACUCUUGAAGUCUGUUUCUCAUAAAGAGCAUUAAAUUUAAUCCAAAAAACAGAAUAGAGGAAAUUAUUCAACAAUGAGGAGGCCAAAUUUAGAGGCUAGGGGUUUGUUCAAAUCAAUACUUGAGUAGCCCCAUGGGACGACAUCGAUGACUGUCUUUGAUCCGGCCUGAUGAAAAAUGGGCUGAAUUACUCUCGCUGCAGCUCAGAAGGCACUACAAAGACUUCCCCUGGCUGAACCAGUGACUUGUCUCAUGAGUGGUAGUUGUUGAUGGAGUCUGGAGCCCACUUGCCUGCGUGUGAUGUAGCCUGGCGGUGUCUGCAUUCAAUAGAGUCUGCAUUAUUGUUCCACGGCUGGACAGAAUUGCAGUGGGAAGUGUCUGAAAAUGGACAAAUAUAGCUGGUGAAUUGAAGAGAGAUUCCACAGUACAAUGCGGGACAUAUAUAGGAACAAUACCAGGGGACGAGUUGGUGCCACAAGAUAUGACGUCACAGUCCCUCUGAGGACCAGCAGGCGAAGUUGUUAUGAUUUCAUUCACAGCACAGUUGGCCUCAUAGAGCUGUAUGCUUUCAGACUUAAAUCUCUGUCAGCCUGCAGAGGGCUUAUCUCUCUCACUGCUACUCUCCCACAGUUGUUAUCUGCAUGUAAAUCUGUGUGUGUGUGUGUGUGUGCAUGUGUGUGUGUGCGUAACUAUUUUGCGAUAAACAUUUAGUCACAUUUGAGUGACUGUUUUCUGUGUGUAAGAAAUGAAAGGAGCAGACUCUUUGAGGAGUGAUAAGAAAUAACGGAAAAGAGUGAUUUCAAGCUUGUUGAUAAUGGCGCUGAUAAGACUAACACAGACCGCUAUGGUUGGCCAUAAUCAAGCUAACCACCCAAACACAAAACGGGCACACACAAACACACAGCAUGCACGCUCGCCGGUGCACAAACGAACAAACGAGCCCACACAUUUGAAUCAUUUAUUUGUAUCCACAUCAGCAGAAGGACAAGCAAUGCAAGCAAUUAGAAAUUCCACAAAACCGGCCAGACAUGUGCGCAGUCUACACACAAACCAAACAAAGACACACAAACACUCCAACACUUUCAUGUGCACAGAGUAUAGUUUAAAAAAAGACUUUUUUUCUCAAUAGAUGAGUAACAGCAUGACGUUUAGGCUCAGGGCAACUCUUCCAGCUGUAUAAAGUCUGGAGAGGAGAUUCGGUUUAGGAGCCCUUUCAUGCUUGCUCACACACAAACACACAUACACACCCAGAGGCAAAAGUGUGGUGUGUAUGUGUGUAUCUCUCCUCUUUAUUCAUUUGACUUGUUGACCUCUUGUCAGAGAGUAGUUUGUAUAAAUGAUGUUAUCUUUAUUUCCAUGUGAUCCGCUCAUAUUUCAGGCCUCUUAUCUCUGCAGACCUCUUCUCCUGGGAGUUUUAAAAAUACUUCAACAGUUAUUAAUGAAUGUGAAACUAGAUUUCUACUCGUCUCUAGAGCUAUUUUUCCUCUAUUUUGUCUGCUUUUCAGUGCUCAGGUCAAGGUCAUCCUUGAUCCCGCUGACACACUGAGGUUAAAGGGAAACUGAUUUCCAAGAAGGCUUUGAGUUCCAGACAGGAUUAUUCUCCCCCACUUAGGCUUUUACAGUAUUUUAUCUUCUUAAAAUUCAGCUUUCAUCAUAGAGAGAGGGAGUGCUUUUGACAAGAGAUCACAUUUUCCUUAUUUUCUCUCUCAUAGCAGGCUAACAUGUGGUAUUCUUCACUACAAAACCCUUGUAUGUGGCGGGUCAGACCCUGUUAGCAUCAGCUGAUAUGACUGUCAUGCUGUUAGGGUUACCGAUGUAAGUGAAAGGUUACAAACUCUAUUUCUGGAAACUUCUAAGUACAAGAUGACUCUAUUAAAUGUCAGUAAUUAACAGAGAAAGUUUCAUUUUCAGAGGAAGAGGACUGUAUGCAUUGUAAUGGCGACUGAUUGGUUAGAGGAAAAAGGAAAUGAAUGAAACCAAAGACGUCUGGAUGAGAGGAAAAGCGCAGUAAGGAGAAUGGAGUGGAUGGAGGAGAGCAGACAGCGACUGGCCAAUGUUUUUAAUCUAUUGAGCAAUUUGGAUACUAAUUAGACUAAAUUACUUCCGAAUGUUGUCUGCAGGACCGAGUCAGGAUGUUAGAUCGCUCCGUUGUCCUGACCUGCCCGCUCUCGUGCUUGCACGUGUCCACUGAAACAGACAAAUGUGUACCCUACACACACAUUCAUGCAAAAGACCAAUAAAAGCACAAACAGAUGGAAGAAACACAUUGAUUAGGACUCUGACUGUGACACAUACACACACAUAACACACUCACACACAGAUCUGCAAUGGCUGUUUGUUAUUUUGUGCUUAAAGUGAGCUGCUUUAGCUUCUUGUUUGGCUCGGUGCUGCAGCUAAAACAAAAGCUGAGUUUCAUCAAGGAAUGUCUGCACAGACCAGCGUGAUUUUAUGUGUAAGAAGAAAAGAAAGUGUGUCGGUGUUUGAUAAAGCAUGAGUAUGCAUAUAUGUUUAAUUCAGUGCACAUGCGUUCACUGCUGAACUUGGCAGCCGUGUGACUGUCGAGUAUUGCGAGACGAUCAGAGUGUGGGAAAGUCCAGUCUACUCGAGGAGUUUGAAUUUUUCUUUGAACCUUGGACCGAAGUCUUGGAAGUGCCAUACAUUUUUUUCUUCUUUUCUUUCCUUUUUCCCCCUUCUUUGCUGUCCAUUUGACAAACUAUCUUGACUACAGCUAUUCAAAACACAUCAGUGUUUUCAAUAGCCACAGUGUUUUCUCUGCUCUCAUACACGCAUGUCCUUCAAACACAGUGUUGGUACUCCCCAGAGGGCCAAAAAUGUAUUCAUUUCCUCAUCAAACACACUAAUGACUUGUUAUUGCAGUUAAAUUGUGAUGUCUACUCAAAAAAACAAGUUGCUAAGGUGUGUAUUUUGAACGAGUUAUAUUUUGGUAGGAGCCAGUUGACUACGUGAGUGUCGCAUAAAUGCAGUGAAGGGUGAUGAAGUUGAGAAGAGUUGAUAGAUGGACUCCAGGGUUUCUGGUUUUCGUCUUUUUAUGGGCUCUUCUGAGGUGUGAGCUCAGAACAUGAAGAAGCACAUGUGUUGAUUGGUCUUCGCUGCACUGUGCCAACCAGGCCACGUGAAGAUGAAGAUCAAAAAGCAGCUGACAUGCGGCUGGAGAGAGUGGAAGGCAGGCCGACAGGAAGACCUUAAGUGGGCAAAGAGAAACAGAGACAGAUGGGUGAGAGGGAGGACUGCAACCUGCGCUCUGCAUGCUUGCAUUGACCUACUUUGCUUUCUGCUUUCUUUUUUCUUUCUUUCUACGCCUCUUACUCUUUACCCCAUCCUCUAUGAUCCUCUUUCAUCCAGCACAAGGAACCAAUAAGUCGAAAAAGAAACCCCCACCAGACACCACCACUGACUGCUAUCUUUCCAUCUUAUUCUGUGCUUCAGGGCUGAACAGUCCGCUCUCUUUCCCCUCGUCUCACUGUCACAGCCUUGGCUAGCCAACCAUACAGUUUGUCUUUAAUCUCCUCUGCAACAAUCUAACAAUCGACUUUUUUUUUUUGUAAUGAUGGCUGUAUUAAGUUUGGCGCCACUGCAGUGGACUUAAUAAGGGUUUCUCCCACAAGGGAAGCCUUCAGUAGGCUGUAUGUGAUUAAAAAAAUGAGCAUCAUGUUGCUGCUGAAAUAGUAUCAGCAUGAGGUCACCGUGCAUGAUUUGUUAAGUGUAUUUAAUAAGGUUAUGCCACACUUUCACUGGCGAGCAGCGCUGCAGCGAGCUGUGGGGAGGAAGCAAGGUGAUCAUUGGAGACAUUUUGUUCUCAGAUGUGUUUGUUUGCAGCAUCUGUUUGCAAUCUGUUACCAUCCUUCGCCUUAAGAUAAAAUAUGCAAUUUAAGCACAUCUGUUCAUCCGUCUCAUGUGAUGAUUGUUCACGGUGAUGAGCGUUUUGGGAAAGUCACGCCCGAGAUCAUUGUGACAAAAACGACGUGCAAUUGUGAUGUUAAUUUAAAGAGUGAAUAAACGUCAUGAGGUGAUGGUUUCACACCACCACUCUUUCAUUAGCUGCCAUAAGGAUGGAAACAGAAACCACCACUGUUCAGCUCCCAUCUCCUCCUCCUAGUUUAAGUACGGGAAUGUGCUUUAGUGUGUCAGUCCAGCCAGUUAACUUAUUAUUACAGGGGCUAAAUACAUAGCAGUCAUUCCUUUCCCAUUGCUGAGUUCCUGUUGAAAGAAACACUCCGUCUUUUCCAGUUUAAUCUGAGCACUCUUCUGAGAAAAAAGACUGAAUUCACGUGCUCCGACAUGAUCUAUUAUGUUGCUACCACUCUCAUAUUGUUCCUCUUAAGUCCUGGUGAAACCUGCUACUUGUUAAGGCUUCUAUUUUAAAGCCAACUGCUGAUUCAAAGGUUCAGUUAAGCAAUGAGGACGUGCUCAAGGGUCCGGUGGUUAAUCGAACCAAAUCUUUCUCUAAUGAAGUGCCAACUUGUUUCCACAUCCAUUCCUCUAUUUGCUGUUUGAGUGAGUUUGUAAAGAGAAGACAGAGAGACUGACUCAGACAUUACAAGAAGAAUGGUCACUGCUUGAUAAAGGAAUUUUCACUCAUGUACCUAAUCUGGUUUUGUUUAAUGCUGCUCCAGAUGUGUUUGAGGAAAUGAAUCACUGUUUUAUCAUCUCAUCAAUCCGAUGUUAAAUCACUCAUUUACUAACACAAGGAUUCUCCUCUUUUCUCUCUCCAUAGACUAUAGGACUGGACCAUGUUUCACACAGGUGAACAACCAGAUGUGUCAGGGCCAGCUCAGUGGGAUUGUCUGCACCAAAACCCUCUGCUGUGCUACCAUUGGUCGAGCCUGGGGCCAUCCCUGUGAGCAGUGCCCCGCCCAGCCGCACCCCUGCAGACGAGGCUUCAUCCCCAACAUCCGCACCGGAGCCUGCCAAGGUCACCAUAGAGGAAAUACAAAAAUCACCUCAAUACACACGUUCAGUACAGUAGAAUGCAGAUGUGCAGCCUGAGAGAGAAAACGUAAAACACUGAAGCCAUUAUGUCAUCCUUCAUCGCCUCAGCUGCUUUUCCUUCUCACAGCACCAUCCAGCUAGCUAAGUAGAAACCCAGAGGGUGUUUACAUGUACACAGCAGGCAGGAUACCACCUUGUAUUUUCCUGUAAAAGCUAUUUGCAGGAGGAAUAGUGCUGAAAAGUAUCAGGAAAACUGAAAACAGUAGUUUGAGGUGUCCACAGAUGCCCAGCUUCCACAUUAGUCACUCUAAAACUCAAAAUAUGAGCUCAUCCAUGUCACUAACAUAGGCGUGAUGGAUUUAAAGUUCACUCUGUCACCAAAUAAUAGCAGAAAACCACUUGAAUACUAAUCCAACUGAAAAAAGGCAAAAUGUAGAUACUCAAAGUGUUGAUUUUAUACACUGUGUUCAUUAGCAAAUGUAGAGAGAUGGAGUUUAUAUUCAAAUAAUCAAGAAAAAUCUGAACUAAGAUUGACCUUUUUGUCAACACUCCUGAUACUGGUGUCCAAAUACCCCACCAGACUGAAGCAGACUCUCUCUGCAUGCCUCUAUAAUAACCUAUGGCCCAGCCCAGACUAAGCAAUAAGACUGCAUCAACAUAUGACACACGCAGAGGUCAUGUCCCUUGUAAAAUGAGCCUAGCCAGGAUCUUUGUUGCUUUAGUCCGGCCCCUCCCACAUGGACACAAUCAGCAGCAUCCCAGGAAGACUGCAAUGGUUGAUAUCAAGCUGUGGCUGUCAAACAAGGAGACUGUUUUUGUCUCGGGUAGUACUGUACUGAAUCGUCACAGAGUUAAAAACGUCAGUUUCAUGUGUUUAUCCUGGAAAAUUAGGGAGUAAAGUAAAUCUUGGUCUUUAUACUUAAAAUAAAGUUACCUAAGGAGUGUUUUUUUCAUUGAACUGUUUAAAAAUCACCGGCCAAGAUUAAAUCAGAUAUAAAAAGUGAAAGCUUUUUCAACAUCAUAUCUAGAUGUUGAUAAAAUAACUACAUUUAGAUCAGAUUUCACUUGAAUAUUACUGACAUUCAACUCAAACAUGGUGUUUGUAGUUAUGAGUGAGGUAUAUCAGCAUCCAAGGAUCUGUUGACCUUUGUUUCCAGAGCUGCUAAGUGAAAGUGCCAGCACAUGUGUUAAAGUUAAAUCGCUGUAUAAAUAAUUUUGUUUGAAAAAUAUACAAAACACAUUUAAAUAUCAGUCAGGAUUUGAACAACCUCGGUAAAUCAGACAUUUGCAUCCUCUUUCCACUCCCAAAAUAACAAUCAAAUUACAGGAUCUAGUUAUGUUUGCUCAGAUUUCACGCAGGCAUGGUGAUAGUAGAAGUUUAUUUGAAGAAACAUAAUAUUUCUGUCAGUGUUUGGCUGGAGAAAAAAAAAAACAGUGUGUGCAUAAACCUGUUAGGUUUGGGUUUCACUUGUAACGAUUUGGGUGUUUAUACAGAUCAUAUGCUGCAAUCCAGUGUUGCAACCAAAGAGAGUAAUUUUAAUAGGUUGAGUUAUUGAGGAGACAAAGAAAAGAAAGUUAAAACGAGACAGAAGUUUCACCGACUUUCCACUCCAAGGCGCUUAUUUUCAUCCCUAGUGUCGUUUGUGCCGAUUAUUAUCUAAAUCGAGUUACUUCCAGUUUUCUCUCCAAGAUUCAAGUAAGGAGAGAAAAAUCUUAGAAUUUUGUUCCUAACUUUUACAAGCGUGUUCGUAAUUGAGUCAACUCAUUACAGACUGGCUUUCAUAGAACUAUAUUGUAUUAUAAAAAUGCACGGAACAGUGUAAAUGUUUGUUACUAUAUUCCUGAACUGACAGGACCUGUGUUUAAACUCAGCACAUUUGAGCAGCACAGUGUUCCACUAGUUUUACCCACAAUCCACCCAGUUUUGAGUGAGGGUCUGCACAGUUUAUAUAAGAGGGUAACUCAAAAGGUAGGACAUCUGGCAUCAGUCACUGAUUUGUAUUUAGCUCCACAACUUCCUGUCUGGCUGUUCAUAUGUUAGAGGUUUGCCUGUGUGAGACAAUCACUCAUCCCUCUGUGACUCAUAUACCUCCUCUCUUACUCCCUCUCUGUGACUCUCUGAAUCUGUUUUUAUCGUUUCUGCCCCCACCUCAGCUCUCCGCUCUUUUCCUCUCUCUCUCUUUCCCUCACACACACACACACAGAAACAGACAAACACACACCAAAGAUACCUAAUCAGGAGAGAGCCAAGAGCAACGUCUUGCUGGCAGCAGUUCAAAGCACACCUGACCAUGAAUUCAAAUGUAAGGAGUGCAGACUCCACAUCAGGAUGUUGGCUGUUCAGUGCUUUUUUUUCUCUCCCAGCCUUUGGCACUGAGAGUUUCUCAACACUUGUGGUAUUUUUAGGCCGUCUUGGCAGGAAGCAGAGGUCGAAUGUAUUAAAAGGAUUAGAAACAACUCUUCAAUAACUGUCAUGCAGGUGUAUGCAUGAUAGCACAGGGGAUUUCACCAGCAUGGAGACAACGUGAAUGUGUGUAUGUGCGUGUUUGUGAAGAAUCCUGGGAAACCCAAAGGUUUUAUCAGAAUCCCAGCCACUCACAUAUCACCAAUACUGGUAAAAGUGACUCACGCUGAAUGCUGGGAAAAAUGUACGAUUGAGAAGCCGUUUCCUGCUCAAACAUGAGAAAGAGAGAGUUUCUUUGGAAGUGGUCUUACGCAUUACAACUUGUGCCAAGUAACCACUCAUUUUUACCUCGUUACCUCCCCAAAACAGUAAAAUAGAAAAGCAAAGGACCAUCAAUCCCUAAUUAUUCAGUAGAAACCACGCUAGCUCUUUUUUUGAAAAAGUGAAUACAUUGAAAUUUCACAGUUCUCAUGCAUCGUUUGACUCUUUUUUAAGUAGUUCUAAGCAAACAUAGGGUGCAGUUUGUCUCAAACCUGUGCCCCACAGACGGCAGUAAUCAUGAGAACAUUUGUUUGUGUGUGAAUUUGUCUUGCCUUUCUAAUCUCUGUCUUUUUUCUUCUGUCGUCAUACCUCUCAGAUGUUGACGAGUGCCAGGCAGUGCCAGGUCUUUGUUCUGGGGGUAAUUGCAUCAACACCGUGGGAUCCUAUGAGUGUAAAUGUCCCGCCGGCCACCGGCAGAGUGAAACCAGCCACAAAUGUGAAGGUUAGUCUGGUUUUUGAAAAAGAGUUUACCGACUAAAUGCUAACUUAAUCAUUGAGGCUGUAAACCGAAAUUUGUUUUUAAUUCUGGUCAAUUACGAGCUGUUGAAUCCACUAAUAUGCAUUACAGAGACACAAGCUGUUGUUUGCUCUUGGAUGCUGCAAUUUCUUUUUGUAAUAUGGUAAUCACUGAUAAAAAAAAAGAUGACUUUUUUCAGAUUAAAACAAAAAAACACCCAAUACCUCAAAAGAAACCCACCAGUUUUACUUGGAGAGAGUUCAGUGUGCUUACACACCACCAAAACCCUAGACAGAAGGUCGAGCUUGAGUUACAUUUUGUUGCGUUAACGGUGAGACAGUCACGGACUGUGCACUUAAUGAUAACUGUGGGUUUGGUGGGAUCGGUUGACAAAUCUCUGUGGAGGUUUAAAAAAGUGACGAGUUUAAGUAGUCUGGACGUGUGAGCAUAAACACACAAACAUGGAAAACACUCACACAGACAGAGUGGACUCAUAUUACAAUGUGUUGAUUUUUUGGAAUUUAAACAGUGCUCAGACUGAAGUGUCUGAUGGUUAGCCAGGCGGGGUUGUGUCUCUUGGAUGGCAGCCGAUGUGUUGUUAGUCUUCUGGGAGGAUUACAGAAAGCUCUUAAAGCUCGGCAGCCAUCCCAGAUGAUAUGUAUUUUACUGAGCAAGACCAAGCUGAACAAGCUAUGGAAAUGCUGCAGUUACCUAUGUAACCCUCUUGUAUUGGUGAGAAAUCAGCCGGAUACAGAGAGAAUACAAACAUAUGUGACUGCCAAAAAAAUAAUAGACUUACCACCUUAGACAAUUACUGUGAAACACAUGAUUAUGUCUCAGUGAAUGAAAAAGAAGUAAGGAUGAUUUCUCUUGAUUCACCAGAGUCUCAAUUUCACUUGUGGUUUUGGUGGAAAGCCACUGAACGUACUUUCUUACAGUACGGGAAGAAAAAGUGAUCCAGAAAGAUGCUCCCAGACAAAUUUUUGGGUUUGGAUGUUGGAAUCUGGCACUAAAAAGCGGAGAGGAGCUUUAGUAGACUUAAGGACAGUGUGAGACAGAGCAGAAAUCUUUAAUAAAACCUGACACUUCUCUAUCGUCAGACCAGACUUUGACCUUUUGUGCUCUAUAAUGCUUUGCUAUGUUGAAGAAAUCUGGCCGAAGCUAAUUACAUUGUGAUUGAUGAGUGGCAGGGAGAAGGUGAGGAAAAAACAGCUGGUUCAUAGAGACCUCCAGGGUUUCCCAGACAUGACAGAUUUGUAACUUCUCGGUGUCAACCCACAUUUCAUUUACAGCAUUAGCGUAUUUUGUUCAGCAAAAGUGAUUGUGGUCACAACAGCACCACCACAGCUGUGACUAAUGAUCAGUGAAAUCCUUGAUUAAUCCUUCUGUGGUUUUCAAAUAAACACGAUUUUGCAACAAAAUGUCGGAAAAGUUGAAAAUAAUGUUUUUCUCCAUUUCGAAUCUUUGAAUCACUUAAUUGUUUCAGUGAGGAGACUAAAAAAUAAGGAUCUUUUUAUCUAAAACAAAUGCAGCGAUCGUCACGUUUCGGAUGCUUGGGCCAAUCCAAAUAUGUUUGAUUAUAAGAAGUGAUUGAUUGUUAUGAAGGGGUAACAGAUGGCUUUUGUCAGCGGUAAACAAAACAUGAGGAGUAUUUAGCUGACACAACAAUCUGUUUAUCAUUCCUCCAGGUCAAAAGUGAGAUAUGACGGUAUCUAAUAAGAAUCAACAGACGUAUAAAAAUGUUUACGUAUGACAGGGAGUGACACUUACAGAGGGUGUUUUCAGCUUCACUGCUUGUUCAGCUGCGGCUGUCGCGACUGCUCACACCUGGCCUCGACAUUUAACAAUCUCAACCAAGAGAAACAGAGCGAGCAAACCAAAAUACCCAACUCAAAAAGUAAAUGUCCAAAAUUAUAGACCAUUUCGCUUCUUUAAUCAGGACUGAAUGAUGUCACUUUUAGUUGGUUGAUUUAAGCAUUUAUCUCGCAGUUCCUUCGUUUCACCCAUGCAGAGUAAGAAAACAAAAGAACGUUUGUUCACGAGUAUCUUGAGUAAUGGAUCAGCAGGAAACCCAUAUUUAGUGAAAUCUCUCAAACAAUCAGAGCAGGUCCUUUGGGGGUUGAAGGUUUUUAUUGAAAUGCCCUUCGAGAUAAUGAGCAAACAGCCUCACUGAGAGCUUUCGUGGGGGAGCGAGGGAGUUUUUUUGGAGCGCUUAAGAUGAACUACAAUUAAGACGUCACGGGUGUCUGAUCCUUUUGGGCUCAACAAGGCACCUGGUUUUAUGGCCUGCUUUCUGCUCGGUCUUUUCCUUUUCCCCUCCUCUUUCUGCUUCGUCUUCCAUAAAUACAACCUUUUGGCUUAAAACCAGCUGUUAGUGCUGAACAAAGACAAGGCAUCAGGGGGACUUUCUCAGUGCACACGCAGACCUCCCUGUUGCUCUGACACCUUUUGAAUUCUCAUGGCGUCACUCUAAACACACACACAGGAUCAUACAUCAGUGUUCAGAUUGUUUGUAACAGCAGAAACAGUCUCAUUUCACUCACACUUUUUUUUGGAGUUUUUACAUUUUGAUGGUUGUUCCAGGUAUGCACCCGCAUGCACACACUUGGCAGACUCAGGUGAAGACAUUUAUCCAAGUGACACUCAUUUCCUUCCAUACACACAUUCGGUCCCAAAGCGCUACGUCUGUGUGGAGUGUAAUGUCUGGCGUGCUGUUGCUGCUGCUGACACAAGGUUUAUUUGGCCGCGUUUUUACAACCUCACCUCGGGCUUCUGCUGCGGCUGUCAGACAGGAGUCAGCAGGGGAAGAACAGCCACUUAGCUUCCCACGACAGGCAUUACUGGGCCCUUUUUAUACCGAGAUGUAGACAAACACACAGAAACACAUGCAUUCAUAUUCACUCCAAGAAAGACACUUAAGCUCCGUCACUUUUCCAAUUGAAAGUAUAGGGGCUGCUGUAAUUAUGCCCCGCAGUGGUGCAGUAAUUAUGAAUGCGUAUAAAUAAGCGUGACACAUCAUAAAAACCCAAUACCUUCUGGAACUUCACUUUGGGCUCCCCCGUCACUGAGCUAUGAGCCCCCAUCUCACCAAUAAUACCGCUUAAUGCCAUCAUAAAGUGUACCACCUUGAGACGGGUUCUGCCAAAGACCGGAGCCAGGUGCUCCCAGGCGUUGUACAUGUUUCUUCGUCAGACCUAAAAUUAGGUCAGCUCAUUCUCGUCUCGAGGCUUGAGGGCUUUCUCUCUUGUUUCAAUUUAGAUGCCGGGUGUAGAUGGGACAAAACUGUUUACACAGAUUUACCAAAUUAUUAAGACUCAUGCUGCGCUCUUUAAAUAAUGAUGUGCUGCAUUAUAUCUUCGCAGGGUUAUUAUGUGACUGGGUCAAUGCCAGUUGGCCAUAGUUAAUAAAUUCAAUGUUAUGUGAUGAAUGAGGAUGACAAGACAUUUAGUGCCAGUGCUUCAAUAGUUUCCAUUGUGCAACAGAAAUGUUUUGGUAAACGCUCAGUCCUGUCAUGUAGUUGUGAUUGUUUGGAUGAGUAUGUUUGUUUUAUUUGAAAAUAGAUUGGUUGUUAGGCUGUAAAUGAACUUAAUACGAAACAUGAUAAAUCUGAACUAUUUGACUGUAAAGUGCGCUUGUAGAAAUCAGUCUUAGGUUCAAGCAGCUGCUGUUUCUCUCCCGCAGAGAUUCAUAGUUUAUACUGUCAAAGCUUCCUAACAUGCACUUGUUUGUAAUUCUGCUUUGGUGAUCAGGGGGAGAUGACCUCUUCUUUUCUUUGGUAUCUCACUUAGCUGAAGUAUGUAAAUGAUGCACCCAUUACGUAUUGCACCAUAUUGUACAAUACCCUUGUAUGAUUGUGUGAUUGUGUGUCCUAGAUAUUGACGAAUGCAGCACCAUCCCUGGAGUGUGUGAUGGAGGAGAAUGCACCAACACUGCUGGCAGCUACGUUUGCACCUGUCCACGAGGCUACAUCUCCAGCACAGACGGCUCCAGAUGUGUGGGUGAGUCUCGCACACAUUCAUAAACACAUUUUUAUAGUUAAUCUCCCUCUCAUUUUUGCUCAUUUCCUCACUCCCCGGCCAGCCAACGCUUCCCAUCAGACCAGUAACGUCCCUCCCUCCCUCCCUCCCUUCCUCCCCUCUGAUGAGUAAAGCUGCCUGGCAGACCUGUGGCCACCGUGCACAGAGAAACAAAUGUCCGCGCACUUUUCUGGCCUUGACGGCAUGACUUUACUGUAAUCUUAGUACCCCUCUGACUCAUUCACACACAUACACACAUAUGCGCACAUGUACAGUGCAUACUUCACUGACAUGUCCCAUGAAACACUACCAGGUGUUAAUGUAUUCCUGCAAUCCUCAUCUGUAACAGCAGCCACAGUUAAACACAUCCAGGUGUUAAUAUAUUAGUUAAAGAUUUAGCACGAAGCAGACAGCUCAGGGUCAACCUGUUUCACUCUAUCAUCAUCAGAGGCCUUUCCCGACUGAGCUACAGUCAGGCUUGUAUGCAAAAUAAAAUCACUUUCUUUGUAGGAUAAGUAGGGGAUAAAGAAAGUAUUUUUUUUAUUGUGAGGGAAAAAUACAAAGAACAAUUUCCUGAAUCUCACACACAUGUUGCACCAACGUAAACAAGGUAAAAGCCGAUCUGACAACCAGUGUGGGUUAGCCUGUCAUGUGGUGGACCAUUCAGCUCCAGGAUGACAGACAUGUGGUGUUGUUUAAAGGAAAACAAAGAGGAAAUAGAGGACAGAAGGACACAAAAAAAUGGCACCAAUAAUCUCAGCAGGGUGGAACAAAUAAAUCUGAAAAUAUGUGGAAACCAGAACACUGAAACACUACGGGAUUGUUUUGUAUUUGAUUUGUUGUCCUCUCUAUGAAGGUUUUCCACAAGCUGUUAAACCUGGCUGCAGGGACUGCUCACAUGCAGCUAGAAAGAGCUUAAACUGCUGAUGCUAGAUAAGACCUUUGUGGCUCUCAGUGUGUUAAAAGAGCCGGAGGUUUGGGCUCUGUGCAGGUCAGACAAGUUGUUCCACACCAAACUGGGAAAACUGUUUCUGUAAAGACACGGUAUUGUACACUGGGUCAGUAGGGCAUCCCAGGACACUGAGAAAAUAGGUCCUUCUGCCAGCUGGAAAAUUGGAUGUGACCGCAUUUUUGACUCUGUGGUGCUUGUGAAGGCAACAAGCAGAGGAAAUAGAGUGGAACAUAGAUCGGUGAAGCAGGUAGAGGACAAAUGCAAAACAGAAAAAGUACAGUAAAAAAUGCUCAUCGAAGGGGAACAGCCAACAGUUUGGAUCGGAGUAGAAAAAGGAGAUGUUUCUGUUUUCCAAAACACAUCAGUAAAAAUUGGCAAGAGAAGCGAGAGAUAAGUGGGAUCAUUGUAAAUAAAGUAGUUACUGGCAGCCUGCUGUGCUUUGGCUUGAGUAAUUGUGGAUCUUAAAGUGACACAGUCCUCCAAUCACCCAAACCCAGGAGUUCCCCAUGUGUCUGCCGUUAAGUGUGUCCAUAUUAGUCUUUUUUCUCCUCUCUGUAAUCCCCUUUGUUCUUUUUUGCCCCCUGAGGAGACAUGAUUCCCCAACUUUGGAGCGUGAAUCACACUAAGAGUAGUUUUUCCGAUCUAGCAGUUCGGUGAUUCACAAUAGAAAGUCUCAACAUUUUCACUGGAACUGUGCGUAAUCUGCUCAACAAAAAAAUACUCCUUUUCAUUCAUCUCUUCCAGAUGUUGUUGUUUUCUCUUCACAAAUUCCUUUUCUCAAAAACAAAGGCCCUCCUGGACUUUUCUACCUCUUCACCUCUUCAUUUAUUUAAACAUUUGCUCUUAGACCCUUUUCAUCCUAUUCCUUGACAUCUGGACCCUGUGCCCUGCUCCCUUCAGAUGCAUUUCUACAGCCUGCAGAGGCAGAAAAGCAAAUAAGUCAGAUGCCAGAUAUAACCCCAUAUAUCCUUCCUCUGUCUAUGUCUCACUUCCAAACUGGACUAGACUGGAUGAGGAAGAGACAAAGAGAAGAUAAGUAAACUGAAACAAAACUAGAAGAGAUACUAAAGACCAGAGAUCCCAAGUAACCGUCAGACAUAGAUAUCGUAAACUUUGCUUGUUUCCUCUGAUGUUACUGACACACUUUGAUUCAACUUCCCACACUGUCUGAUCCGUCUUGUCUUUUUUGUGGUUAGAACAUAAAGUAAAGAAAAAAAGAGUAAGUCCUGUUUACGGGGCUGAUUUCUAUCUCGCCUGCCUUCAUGUUUCAGAAGCAGGAUGUACACUUCUGGUCUGCUACAGGGUAUACCAUGUGGAUCAAGGUGUAUGAGUCUGUGUUUCCCAGGAUGAUCUGUCCUGUGGUGAAGUAGGCCAAGUGAGCUGUGGUGGGGAGCUGACAGUAAUCACAGCCUAAUGCCCUGUCAACAGGGUGGAAGCUUGAAACAAACAAACAAACAAACAAACAAAAAAAAGCCUGUCCAGUCAGUCAGUCUGUAAAAACACAUCACCAAAUGAAAGCAUAUGCUUGUGUAGUGGUGCAACACUAGUGAGCAAACCACAGUCUGGAUCCAAUUAAAGCCAUCAUCAUCCUCACCAGCAAACCCUGACUCCCCCUCUACACCUCGACCCGGCCAUCGGCUCUGUCAGCCCUCUGGGAUGUUUUUUUCGUGUAUUUUUACAUGUGUGAACAGGUCAUUAUAUCUAUGUACAGACAGCGUAUCAGUGUUUGGCCAUAAGGGUUCACUGCAAACAACAUCUGGAUUCGUAUGGAAAUGUGUGUUUGUAUGUGUAAUUACAUGUAAAUGUGUGUGUGUACUGUACUGAAUGUGCUCCCAGACUCAGCUCAGCCCCUCAUGUUCUAUCUAAUUGGCAAGAAUUGCUCCACAUGGAACUGAUUAAUUCCAGACUGCUGGCUCAUUAGUGAGUUAAUCGACUUGUGCUCCUCCUUUCCCCCUUCAUUCUGCUCUUUUUUUCUCCCCCUUUUUUCUCCUCUGUGGAUUCAUUUAAAAUUUCUCCUUCAUAAGUGUAGCUCGCCUUCCAAAACUGAUACAAAUGCAUGCUUGGCCUCUCACUCUGCCUUUUCCUCCACUGGGUAUUUUUCCUUAAAUACCCAGAAAACCCCCAGUCUUCUCCUCCAUUUACUCCUUAUCCACGCUCUUUGAACCUCAGCCCCCUCUCUGCCCCAUUGACCCUGACCUGGAAAACUGUAACAAAUAAGACCCCCUUUUGGAGGCCCUUCAGAUUCCUGCAGUUUGUUCAGACCCCAGGCAACCUUUUCCCACUGCCUGCCCAUAAAGAAGCUUCCUCUCGCUAGGCCAGCACUGUGACUCACAGCAAUACUACUUUAAGAGUGGUGAUUACCUGUAACCUUUUCCCACAUAAAAAGCACGGUCAGUGGUGUAAGAAGUAUGUGCUUAAUUUAUUACAUGAAGUCAUGAUAGUUGUUUUGUAAGUGGACCAUGAUGAUGUGGAGGUUCUUGUUGCUGAUAUGUUUUCCUGAAUACAAGAUCCUGGUUAUGUGUGAUCUCCGAAAACCAAAUCUUGUUUCAUAAAGUUAACAUUUUUUUUUUUUUUACACUGUUUAAGUGUUUAUUUAAUUAAUUCUUUGGCUUUUUCCUGCUUGUAUUUAGAGUACAGGACAGUGGGGAGAACAGGAAAUAGUGAAGGGAAGGUGAGGGGCUACGUGGGAGAGGAGCAACCGAUGAGAAUCAAAUCUGGGCCAUCUAUGCUGAGAAAAACCCCGUUUUUGGUCUAAUAGGCCAAAAUUCGUAGCUAGACUGAUAGCUAUUAAAUGAUCCAAUGGGAGAACCUCAUUUGCAUUUUAAGAUGAUCUUUUGUGUUUGCCCCCUACGGACAUUUCACUCCAUGACACUGUAUUUCUUGGUCACUUGACAGUUGUUUCAUGAUUCUGCUGCAUUUACAACCGUUUUCUUAAAAUUAGUGUCCUAACUUGGCCUCAGUUUUAGGUAAACUCAUCCUUCUUUAUAGCUACUUUCUUUCGGGCACCAUGUCUGUAUCUUUCCUUCCUCUGUGAGUGACAGCUGGCCUCGGUCAUGAGAGGAUCAUGUUUUCCCGAUGAGUGGCAUCGCCCGUUGUUUUGGCUUCUAAUCACUAAACAAAGAUGAUCGCUUUUUGUUUUGGGAGCAACUCAAGGCAAAAACACAUUUUUUAAUAUUUAUGUCAAUACAAUAUGAUAUCAGAGGUUACAUUAGGUGUGGUAGGGUAGGUAGUAUCUGCACUGUCAAUACCUAGUGCCUGUGUGGUGGUGUCUACUGGGCAGCGAUGGAUGUCUAUGUAACUUACCAUACAAAAGCAUAUUAACUUUUGUAUAUUUCAUCAAAGUUACAGGCAUUACAAAAUGGAAAUACCAAGCAGAAAUUUUUCAAAAAGCGUAUUAAAUAUCAUGAGGAAAUUGUGCUGUUUUUAAAGCCAAUCCAAGAAUUUUGGCCUUCUUACUUUCACAAAGAAGACGUAUUUCAUCUCAAGGUUGAAUCGCAGAGUUUCAGGUUUAACUUUUUUAUUAUAAUUUGUUAUUUCAGGUUUUGUCUCCCACAAACCCAGGACACAUAAAACCCAAACGUCCCCUUCAUUUGACCUAACAAACAUACCAGACAUUUGUUCCUAUUACAUGUGCUCUUUGUUGUGAUAAUCUAUUAAUCUUGAACUUGUAUUUCUCUGCCUGUUCACUGGUCUUACUCUUUAAAUCGGUUUCUUCUUACAGAUCAGCGCGUGGGCACUUGCUUCUCCGCUCUGGCUAAUGGCCGCUGUGCUGCAGAGCUUACCGGCCAGUUCACCAAGAUGCAGUGCUGCUGUGACACAGGACGCUGCUGGGCUUUGGGACAAAUCCCUGAGAUGUGCCCUGUCAGGGGAUCAGGUGAGUACACACGAAAGCAAUUUUAAAGAGAAUGAAGGUCAUAGACGGAUCCAAAGUUUUAAGUUGUUGACAAAAACACAUGGCUCUAACAAUAUGUGCCCUUGCCGAUCCAAAAUAAAGUGAUGUAUUUAGCUGAACAUCCAUUACCUUCUUCCUCUGCUGACACAAAACUGGCACUCCUCUUAGUUUGUCUAUGUCUUGGCAUGAGCUCAUGCAGUAAAUAAAGCCACACAUGCAUGAAUGUCUCACAAGCCAAAUGAGCCUCAUGCUGUAAUGUUAAAGUAUACAAGGUUUAGGCUAUUAGAGAGAGCUUUGUGUGUGUGUGUCUAUGUGUGUGCAACAGAGAGGGAACAGCACCCACUCUGACUGAUGAGCAUGAUGUCAUGAGUGCAAACUAAACAGAGAAAGAUGGAACAGAUUUGUGCCGAGAUAAUGACCCAUCAUCUCCUCUGUCAAGCAGGAAUUUAGAGCAGUCUCCCUCUGCGUGAGACCUCGUGCUCCAUAACUGAUCUGUUACUGAUCUUUUUUUACUGGCACCGCCAAAAUAAGUUGUGUGUGUUUGAUUUAUUAUGACUGUCAAAUGAUGUGAAAACAUACAGACAACAGUGUGCUAAACACUCAGAGAUGUCUGUGUGCACAUAUAAAUUCAUUAGUGAGGUCAUAUAUAAGAAAAAACUGCCACUAUUUUACAUACUUAAAGAAGUAAAUUAGUUGUUGUUUCACAGGCCCUAUUUUGUUUUGUCAGGCUAUUCUUCAAUUUAAAGAAUAUCGGGUAACAAUAACACAAAACUUCAACAAGACAUAAACAUGAAAUGCAAAGUGCUCUGGCCUUUGUCAGCUCUGCAAUUCCAGGAAAGGAGGGAUUGUAAUCACUGACUGCAGGAUUUCCAGUGUUCAGACUGAUUCAAAGGUCGUGUGAGGCUGAAUAACUAUAAUAACCCACAUAAACUGCAUCCACUAACUAGCUCUCUGUGGUCUGCUUUUUUUUUCUUCAAGAUGAGUUCAGGCGCCUGUGUAUCGUAGGCGUUCCCCAAGGUCUGCCUCAUGGCUACCCCAACGGACAAUUCCCCAACACUAAUGGCAACGGGUACAACUAUGGAUUCAAGUUCCCCAGUGUACCCAAUGGUAACGGCAACGGGGGCAUCGGUGGCAACGGAGGAGGAGGCUUUGGGGGCAAUGGUGGAGGCUUCGGAGGUAAUGGAGGGGGCUUUGGAGGCAAUGGAGGCAGUCUGACAAAUAUAGGUGAGUAUCUUCCUAGACUGUAAUGUGUAAACUGAGCAAGAAAAUGAUCUUGUUGUAUUGAAUUUUUGUCUUGUUGUGUUGUCUUCUUCUUAGGCACUGUGUCUUUAAAUGACUCCAUUGAUGUUUGCAAACAUUUCACCAACCUGUGUCUGAAUGGACGCUGCAUCCCCACACCCACAAGCUACCGCUGCGAGUGCAACAUGGGUUACAGACAGGAUGUCCGUGGAGAGUGCAUCGGUAAGAUAUCAGUGCAUGCACUCGCGGUUUCACUCCUUAGUCAAUUCUCAGCAGCCUCUCUCUGCCCAGGAGGCUGAUACUUUGUGACAGUUCUACCAUAAAUUCAUGCACUACACUGCCAUCUUCUGCUGAUUCAAGGAACUUAAUAUAAGAGCAGGUCCAUCCUUGCUCCUUUACUGCCUCUUUUCCUCUCAUGUUGAAGAUUUUUGGUUGAUUUUCUCCCUCCUCAGAUGUGGAUGAGUGCGUGAGUAAACCAUGUACUAAUGGUGACUGUGUCAACACACCUGGAUCCUACCACUGCAAGUGCCAUGAAGGAUACCAGGGAACUCUGUCCAAACAGGCCUGCAUCGGUACGUCCGACUCAAACUCUGAUAUGUCUGUCUUGAGAUUGAUCAUUAAUAUCAAUAUUUGACAUGUCUUGUUGAAACAGACUCACAUCAGUACACAAACUGUCCUCCCUCUCCUCUUUUUAGACAUUGAUGAGUGUAUUAUGAAUGGAGUGAUGUGUCGAAAUGGCCGCUGUGUAAACACAGAGGGAAGCUUUCAGUGUGUCUGCAACGCUGGCUUUGAGCUCACUCCUGAUGGAAAGAACUGUAUUGGUAAGGAGUCCACACAGAGACAGAUUGACCUGCUUGUGAACUCUCACUUUCGUAAGCUCAGCCUGAUUUCAUCUCCUAUUGCUCCUGUCCAGAUCAUGAUGAGUGUGCCACCACCAACAUGUGUCUCAACGGCAUGUGCAUCAACGAGGACGGCAGUUUUAAGUGCAUCUGCAAGCCUGGCUUUUCUUUGGCACCCAAUGGACGCUACUGCACCGGUAAGAGUGAUUAAUGGAGAACAAACAGGGACCUCAUGUCUUGGGUCAAAUAGCGUUGACUGAUUUGGUGUUUGUUGAAAUCCUGCUGGCCUCGUUUUGACCCUCAGUUUACUUCAUCCUGAGGUUCUACUAUAUACAAUCCAACAGUAGACAGACAGUCAGCGGUUGUUUUAAUGUGUGUUGGAAAGCCCUGAGAGCAGCCGACAUUCCAUUUUAGUAACACCAUGACAGCCACCACAGGUGUAUAACCCAAAUACUCGUAUAAACCCAAAUGGUGCUUCCCGUUUUGAUUGUUAAAGAAGAAAGGAUUAGGUCAAUUUCAAGAGGAAAUGAUUUAAUGACUUGCAUAUUUACUCUAUGAAAUCAUCUCCAGAGGACUUCUCAUUCAAAUUUGCUAAUUAAAAUACACACAUCUGCCUCGGCUCAUAAACCUGAGCCGACAUAUGAUCCGUACAUUGUGUUCCUUCCCCACAACAGACAUAGACGAGUGUCUCACACCUGGCAUUUGCAUGAACGGCCGCUGCAUCAACUCUGAGGGCUCCUUCCGCUGCGAGUGCCCUCCGGGCCUGGCCAUUGAUGUAGACGGGAGAGUAUGUGUGGACACGCACAUGAGAACCACCUGCUACGGUGCUAUAAAAAUGGGUACAUGCUCGCGACCAUUCCCUGGUGCAGUGACUAAGUCUGAGUGCUGCUGUGCAAACCCAGAGCAUGGAUUCGGAGAGCCGUGCCACCCUUGUCCUUCCAGAAACUCAGGUAUCAUAUUUGAUCUGCUUUUGACUUUUUUUGUACGAGUGGAUAUGGGAAAGGGAAUUUGCAACCUCGGUAGUUGCUAAUGGGGAUUAAAAUGAUUGAUUAAAAUGAGAGUUAGAUAGAAAUCUUUGAGAAUGAAGUAAUAAAAAUUUCUGUCAUCUUUCAGCUGAGUUCCAGGCUGUGUGCAGCAGCGGUAUUGGCAUCACAGCUGAUGGCAGAGGUGAGUACUUUGCUUAUGAGUGUUAUUGUGAUUUUUAGAAACACAUUACAAUUUAUACACACUAUUUAUAUGCACCUUUUCCCUUGCAGACAUCAAUGAGUGUGCCCUGGACCCUGACAUUUGUCAGAAUGGCAUCUGUGAGAACCUGAGAGGGAGCUACCGCUGUAUUUGCAACAUUGGUUACGAGUCAGACACCAGUGGCAAGAACUGUGUUGGUGAGUCAGACGAACAACAGCUCCAUUUAUUUUUUAAAGUAUUUUUUGGGCGAUUUUUUUUUCCUUUUAUUGAUGGUACAGGGUGAAAUGUGGGGAGAUAGAGAGAGAGAGAGAGAGAGAGAGAGGGGGGAGGAUAUGCGGCACAUGGUCAGGGUCAGACUCGAGCCCGCGACCACUGCGGGGACCAUGGUCCACAUACAUGGGGCGCGCUAACCCACUCGGCCAUCUGCGUGCCCCAACAGCUCCAUUUUUAAACAACAACCACAAAAAAUGUCUGUUCAGUUAAGAUAAAAUUGUUCCUUACUAUAAAAGUGGUAUGUUUACAACAAGGUCGUAGAGGUGAAUGCAAAGACAGAGUCAUCAAAUUUUACAGCACUAACACUCCAAACCUUUAACAAAAUGUGUCUUCCCAUUUGAAUACUUUAACCUUACAUGACUGCUUUGUAAUUCCUUUGUUUUCCAUCUCUUCCCUUCCUGCAGACAUCAACGAGUGUCUGGUGAACCGCCUCCUCUGUGACAACGGCCUGUGCAGAAACACCCCCGGCUCGUACACCUGCUCCUGUCCUAAAGGAUACGUUUUCAAACCUGACUCAGAGACCUGCGAAGGUACGCCUGUGAUCACACACACACACACACACAUCCUCACUGACACACAAACACACUCAGCUGUGCGUGCUGCCUCAUAUCCACAUGUGUUUUGUGGGUUUCACUGACAAUCAAGGUCAUUAUGCAGCGACAUUAUUACCAGAUGUGCUGCAUUAGUUCUCAGUAAACAUGUGGAUCAUGGAAAGACGACACACACUGCUUGUGUUUGUAAGCACCAAGUAGGCAUGAUGAUCCAUUUGAAUCAGCCCUGACCUAAGGUGUAUUUGCACGUGUUUCAGAUAUCAACGAGUGCGAGUCCAACCCGUGCAUCAAUGGAGCAUGCCGCAAUGUGGCCGGGUCCUUCAACUGUGAGUGCUCACAUGGCAGCAAGCUGGACUCCACCAACACCAUCUGUGUGGGUAAGACAUCAUUCCCUUAAAAUGCUCGAUGGAAAUCACAGGAGCACUGGGGGUCCUGUACGCAGCUUGUGUGAGAUAAUGAUUACACACUUAGACACAAGUGUCUGCAGGAAAUAGCUGGUGCAGGUUUUUUUUUUUUAAACCAGAGUUCAGGUCAUUUUGGAGCCAGAAGGAGAACAGUGGGAGGAUGGCUUUUAUUUUUACUUAUCUUUGGGUUUUAGACUAAAUUUGUCUACAGAAAAUUACAAAAACAGUCUUAUUGGCUGACAAACAUGACUAUCUAUUAACUGUAGUGUCAAAACAAUAAACGGCACCAUUGGAUGUAAGUCUGUGGUGCAAAAGAAAAUGAGGUAUGAUAAAAAUGUUAAAAAAAAGCUGUUGUGAAUGUUUGAAUUACACUGGUUUCCUUCCAAAUCACAUAUUUUAGCUAUUUUUUGUUUAUCUUCUCUGCUAUUGCAAGUUCUUUUAAGGACCCUCAUAAAGUUCAAAUCAUAACUUGAAGACUGUCUGGAGUGUGGCCAUUUUGGUGAAGUUUCUCUCCACUUUUGUAAACAAGAACAUCCACGGUUCAGGUUUCCAGGAGCCUUCCAAAGACAUUAUCAGCCUCAGAUGUUAGGCAGAAUGGCACAGAGUGAUGAUUUAUUAGAUGAACACUUGCAUGCACGGCUUGAGCUCACAUGGAGAUUGCUUUAUUUCAUCAAGAUUUGCACUGCAGAUUCAAAAUGACAUUUGGUAUGUAAAGCUCUCUGCAGAGGUCUGCUAAUCUGUGUAUGUCCUUUUGGGAAAUCACUCCGAGAAAGCUACAUGCUAAUACAGAGUACAGAUGUUAUUGUAACUGGGAGGGAGAAUGAGUCAUUAAAUAAAUACUCAUACAUUUAGCAUGAGCUGGCUCUGUCAGAGGUCCACAAAAUCCUCCGGUUUGGAUCAUUUCUGUUUUAUGUUUUGAAGCCCAUUAGUCACAGGGAGAAGAAAGAAAGGGAAGAAAAAUGUGGUUUGAUGUUUGGGUGGCCUUGUGGUUUUAGGGAAAAGGUGUCUUACUGUUCAUUUGGCAUAAAACUGGGUAAGAUUGUAUGCAAUGAUUCAUGCUUUUACUCAUCUUAGUGUGCAUUCAGAUGGAGACCCAUGUUUGUUGGCACUAAAGAGAGUUAAGGAUAACAUGUUGGUCAUUUAAGUUUAGUUGGUUGCCAUGCUGAAAAAUAACGUCAUAUUUUGACAUCUAGACCUCUGGUAGAAGAUUAGUUUUUGACAAAAUACUGAUGUUUUUUCUGCGGGAGAAACCGUGCUUCACUUGUAAGUAUUUUGUUUUGUUUUAUUUUGGAUCCACCAUUAGUUACAACAAAAUAAACUACUCUUUCUGGGGUCCUUAUCUUCUUUUCCAUUUUCAUUUUGAACUUUGACAUGUACUUACCGACAUUACACUUACAUAAAUCUCAUUCUACACUUCAUUCAUACAGUAGCUCUUAUUCUCUCUUGCUUGUUAGAAAUAAACCGAUACAUAAAUAAGAUGAAGACAGAAAAGUGACAAGUGCUAAUGUAUGAAAGAAAAAACAGGGUUUAAAUUCCAAUCUUUGUUGUUAAACCACAGACAGCAUGAAGAGCACCUGCUGGCUGACCAUACAAGACAGCGGCUGCGAGGUCAACAUCAACGGGGCCACACUGAAGUCUGAGUGCUGCUCCACACUGGGAGCCGCCUGGGGGAGCCCAUGUGAACGCUGCGAGAUUGGUUAGUCUACACAAACACACACAUAAACACCAUUUUUAUGAUAAUACCUGACAAGGACUCAAGGUUUUCCUGACUCGUGGAAAGUAAAAAUUCAGGUGAAGUUAGUUUCUUUAUGGCUGCUUUGAUCAUGGGAAAGGUACCGCUAUACGGCAGAUGUGCUACGUCUCAUAAAUAAAACACUUUUAUUACACCCUUCAAUCUUCUUAUGCCUCUGCAGAUACGGCCUGCUCUCGAGGGUUCGCUCGCAUGAAGGGCCUUGUGUGUGAAGGUAAGAGCAUUUGAUAAGUUAAUGAACAGCAACCAACCGUCAGCUCUCCUAUGAAAUCAUUCAGUCUUUUCGUCCUUGUAAUGUUCCUUUGUGUUUUCCCCAUGGACUUCUUUAGCAUAAUUGUGUACGAGUGUGUAUGUGUGUGUGAGCUCCACCUUGUAAUCAUGGCUCUUAAAAUGUUCUGCUCCCUGUAGAUAUUAAUGAAUGUGAGGUGUUCCCUGGAGUGUGUACAAAUGGCCGCUGUAUGAACACCCAGGGCUCGUUCCGCUGCGAGUGCGCUGAGGGUCUGACCUUGGACAGUUCUGGUCGCACAUGUGUGGGUAAGAGGACUGAAGGACAUUGAAAUCACAUAUCCACAUUAUUAUCUUACAAACUCUGUUCAUGGAUUUUUUUCAUAAUAAUGUAAAUAAAAAAUAAUAAUGUAAAACUGGUGUAAGAGCACUCUGAGAAUCAGGUCUUUGCUGUAAGAUGCUCCUUGCUAACUGUUUAAGUUAUGUUCUGCUGUUAGAUGAUAGUUGACUGGAUGUGAGAUUCAUCAGUAUACAAAGAGGUUUGUUUUUUUUUCCAGAGACAAUCAUGUUACUCACUUUGUUUUUCAUUUCAUAACCAACUUUUCUAGACAUGCGUAGUGAGCAGUGUUUCAUGAAAUGGCACGAGGAUGAGUGCGGCCAACCACUGCCAGGGAGAUACCGCGUGGAUAUGUGCUGCUGCUCUGUGGGUGCUGCUUGGGGAGUCGACUGUGAGGAGUGUCCCAAAGCCGGCACACCAGAGUACAGAACCAUCUGUCCCAGAGGGCACGGCUUCGCCAACAGGGGAGAUAUUCUGACUGGCAGGUCUUUCUACAAAGGUAGAUAUUUCAACUCAUUAGAUCUGGACAAUUUUAUCUUAAUGUGUGACCUUAGAGUGUAGAUUUCUGUUCUGUUCUGUUCUUUAAAGUCUUAAUUUUGUCAAAAACAGUCGAACAAAUGGCUUUAUUUUGCAUUAAAACAUGUUUACAAUAAAUAUGCUUCUGUGACUUUUCUAAAUCUCUGUCAGUUUAAUCUUGAAUUAAUUUGAUCUCCUUUUCCUCAGAUGUAAAUGAGUGUAAAGUGUUCCAGGGUUUGUGUACCCAUGGAAAUUGCCGGAACACCAUCGGCAGUUUUAAGUGUCGCUGCAACAGUGGCUUCGCUUUGACGGCAGAGGAGAGGAACUGCACAGGUAUGAGAGCGAAAGUCAGAUUUUUUUUAUAUUAAAAUGUUUCCAUUAAAACCAGUGAGCAGUUAUUUAGUAAGACCUUCUUAUGCUUCUGUGUUUCAGACAUCGAUGAGUGCCGCAUCUCCCCAGACUUGUGUGGUCAUGGUACCUGUGUCAACACACCUGGCAGCUUUGAGUGUGAAUGUUUCGAGGGAUAUGAGAGCGGUUUCAUGAUGAUGAAAAACUGCAUGGGUAAGCUGGAAACACAUUUAUGUGCACUAUUGAACGUUUGCCAAUAACAAACACUAUUUGAAACAUCGUCCUAAAUGUGAAUCAGGUUUAUCAGCUCACCAAAUCUUUUCACACAUUCAUGUUCUCUCCUAUUGCCCUCUUUUUAUUCAACUUCCACUCAUCUCUGUCUUCUCCACUCUGCGCACAGAUAUUGAUGAGUGCGAGAGGAACCCCCUGCUGUGUCGUGGAGGAACCUGCCUGAACACAGAGGGGAGUUAUGAGUGCGACUGCCCCACUGGACACUCACUCAGCACUGAUGGAUCAGCCUGUGAAGGUGAAGCAGUCAUUAAACAUCACUAACAUUUGUGCAUUCAUAAACGUGAUCAAAUUGCAUUGUGUAGCAAAGUCAUCAAACCUGUUUGAAAAAGUGUUAAUGUUCAAAGUCCUACUCUUUCUUGUCCCAUCUUGAUCAAGUACUUUCUUUUAACCAUAUUGUUAUGGAUCACAUGUUUAUGUUAUAGCAUUCUAUGUUUGAAUUGUUCUGGGAUAUUUCACUGAGAUAUGGUUCACUUCAUAAUAACAAUAUAUAAUGUUCUGUAUUCUUCUUCUUUCAGAUGUGAAUGAGUGCCAGCUGAGUGACAACUUGUGCAAAAAUGGGCAGUGUGUCAACAUGCCAGGGACAUACCAGUGCUCCUGUGACACUGGUUACCAGGCAACACCAGACCGACAGGGCUGUGUUGGUGAGCAUCACUAAUCAAAAAUAUCAUUAUCUAGGAAAUUAACUGACCAAUCCCAAAUUAAUGCGAUCUAUUAUUGUGACCUCUCUUGGCAGAUAUCGAUGAGUGUACCAUCAUGAACGGAGGCUGUGAGACCCACUGUACCAAUUCAGAGGGCAGCUAUGAGUGCAGCUGUAGUGAGGGUUACGCUCUUAUGCCUGACCUCAGGACCUGCUCAGGUAAUAAAACAAACCAUAUACGAAGUAGAUCUGUGUCCAAGGCACUCCCCUGUGAGACUAAAACUAUAAAUCAAUGUGAUAAUGUGUAAAAAGUUCUCCAGUUAAACCCUGGCAGACUAUAUUUCUUGCUGUUGCCACAGAAAGCACAUUGAUCUGUUAUCUUGCUACCUCUUUCAGAUAUUGAUGAGUGUGAGGAGACUCCAGACAUCUGUGAUGGAGGUCAGUGUACCAACAUCCCCGGGGAAUACCGCUGUCUGUGUUAUGAUGGCUUCAUGGCUUCAAUGGACAUGAGGACUUGUAUCGGUAAGAGAAACAGCAAUACUUAGUUUGAUUAAUGCUGUAAAAACACGUUCUGCUUUUUCUCUCACUUUAAUUGUAUGCUUGAUAUUUUUGCAGACCUCCUUUCGUUAUCUCUAACAUGAAUUUAUUUAUCCAGCCUCUCUAACCUGAUCUGUGGGACUUUCCCUGUCAGUCUCAUUUCCUCUCACUGUAAUCUCAAAAGGCCCGAGCGUUCACUUGUAAUCUGUCCAUCUCUGUCUGCACAGAUGUGAACGAAUGUGACUUGAACCCAAACAUCUGUCUCCACGGUGACUGUGAGAACACCAAAGGCUCCUUCAUCUGCCACUGUCAGCUGGGAUACUUCGUCAAGAAGGGAUCCACGGGCUGCACAGGUACACUCACACAUAAACACACAAGAGCUGAGAUGGUCUGGGCUUCUGUGCGUUCAUAUAUGAGUGGAGAGUUGAGACGGAUCAGCCAUGCAUACAGAAGUUCAGGGUUUAAAACUUUAAAAAGUAUCAUUUAUUCAUGAUUUACUACUUAUAGAAUUUAAAAACUAUCUGCUGAGUUAAAAUCAAAUGUUGAAUUCUUCUUGUUUUGUCCAGCAUUCACAGGGAAAUAGCCUGUAGAAUGACAUAUACAGUUUCCUGCUUAUAAGCGUUUAUGUGCCUCUCUAGAUGUUGAUGAAUGUGAAAUCGGCGCUCACAACUGCGACAUGCAUGCUGCCUGCAUCAACGUUCCUGGCAGCUUCAAAUGCCGCUGUCGAGACGGCUGGGUGGGAGAUGGCAUCAAGUGUGUGGGUAAGUACUUUUUACUCUCAGCUGUGAAAUAACGACUUUUUAAAGACAAAAUAAAAGAAGAAAAAGCUAAGAAACUUGUUUGAUUGGACAUGUUUUAAUUUUUCUUUCUCCAUCUGCAGAUCAGGAUGAGUGCUCUGCAGAGGACCAUAACUGUAACCCCAAUGCGGACUGUGUCAACACACCUGGAUCCUACAGGUGUACCUGCAAAGAGGGAUUCAAUGGAGACGGUUUCUCCUGCUCAGGUGAGAUUAUGGGGUCUUAAGUACAUCCAAACUGUAUCUGUUUCGUUGUCAGUUCUAUUAACACGUAACUAAAAAUUGCACCAAAAUUUCAGACAUGGAUGAGUGCGCAGACAACGUGAACCUGUGUGAGAACGGCCAGUGUCUGAAUGCUCCAGGAGGCUACCGCUGCGAGUGUGAGAUGGGCUUCACUCCUACAGAAGACAGCAAGGCCUGUCAAGGUAUUUCACACUUUUUCUGUCAGAUUUUAUUCUUUUUUACUUUUUUAUUCAUCUUUGUUUCAUAAAGGUGGUGUAACUAUAUGUGCUCUCUCUCUCUUUCCUGGCUGCCUUUUAUUACAGACAUUGAUGAGUGUAACUUCCAGAACAUCUGUGUGUUUGGAACGUGCCAGAACCUUCCAGGGAUGUUCCGCUGUGUUUGCGAUGAUGGUUAUGAACUCGACCGCAGCGGAGGAAACUGCACUGGUUAGUGUGGCGUUACUACAACCGUAAAGUUUCCAAGUUAUGACACAGAGUAGGGUUCAGCUGAGGUACUUUGACAUUUACAGCCUGUAAAACUCACUAAAAUAAAAAAUAUACGUAAGGUAAAAAUGUUUUUUUAAAAGACAUCAUCUAACUAAUUUUUCAUCAUUUGUGCAGAUCAGUAUCUAGCUACGAUAAGUAAAUUUGUGACAUAAAUUAAAGUGCCAAAAGUAGAUAAGUAUUUUGAGCUCUCACAUUUUCAGCAGCAUAAGGAGAUAUCCAGUUAUAAAGAUGUCAGCCAUCUGGUGUGUGUUGCUGAGUGUGUGUGUCUCUUUUGCAGACAUCAAUGAGUGUGCAGACCCUGUGAACUGCAUCAACGGGCUGUGUGUGAACACUCCUGGGAGCUACCGGUGCAACUGCCCGGCUGAUUUCGAGCUCAAUCCCACCGGAGUGGGCUGUGUGGGUGAGUAAUAGUUGGUAACGCUUUAUAUGAAGGUCAUUGUAACAAGUAUUAAUUAAUAGUUAAUAAGCUACUUAUAGGCAAUUAUAAGAUGCUUAUAAACACUAAUAAGAAUUAACAGGUUUUAAUGGAAGCAUCAUGAACAUAUUUGUUAUUGCUUAUCAGAUAUUAGUAGUCUUUUUUUAUGGGAACUUGUUAAUAUUCAUGAGAAACAUCUAUUUUCUGUUUUUCAGAUGAAGAAGGGUUUAUUACAGAUAAAUAAACAUGUUUAUUAUUAGCUUGCAACACACUUGUGGGAAGUUAUUACCAAUUACAGCAUAUAAGAGUCAGAGACAACUUUUAAAAGCUAACAAGUUGUUUAUUUACUUUAAUACAACUGUAUGAGUUUUUGAUAAAAUCAUAAACAUUUCUUGUUGCUUAUUAGCCUACCUUUAUGCACUCACUAGAAUUUUAACAAUUCAUAGGCCACUUCCUAACUUUCGUUAGAUGUUCUAUAACAUGAAUAAGACUAUGAAAGGUUUAGUUUAAUGUCUUAUAAGGAUUAGUUAAUCCUUUAUUAAGCACUUACUAACAGCUAACAAUGCUCCUUUACAGCUACUGGGUUUAGAGUGUGAAUGAUGUCUUAUGAAGUUUAGUAAAUCCUUAAUUGAGCACUUAUUAAACGCUAACAAUAUUUGAUAUUAUAACACUGAAAACAAAUAAUGCUAAUAAUAAUAAUAAAACAAAUACAGAAAUUAAAUACACCUUGUGUUGUUUCAUGUAAUUGGACAUCUAAUGUUUUCAUGACUUUUUCAGAUACCCGUGUCGGAAACUGCUUCCUGGAUAUCCUCGCCCGCGGUGAUGGAGGAAUCUCUUGCAGUGCUGAAAUCGGAGUGGGGGUGACCCGAGCUUCCUGCUGCUGCUCCCUUGGAGGAGCCUGGGGAAACCCCUGUGAACUCUGCCCUGCCCCCAACUCGAGUAUGCACCACAGGACCUUAGAUUUAUGAAUUAUUUAUUUAAACAUUUAUUUAUGCACAUGUGAGUGUCAUGGUUAAAACUUACUGUUUGUCUCUUUCUUGCCUGUAGCGGAGUAUAAGACUCUCUGUCCGGGAGGAGAGGGAUUCAGGCCGAACCCCAUCACUGUCAUCCUGGAAGGUAGAUCCUUGCUUAUCUUUUUCCAGCCCUGAUUUAAAUCUGAAAAUGCAGCUGUAUUCAAAGUUAUGGAUGCAGUCUAACACAAAAUCAAUACAUCUGGAUCUAAAUUUGUGGAUUACUUUACAGAUAUUGAUGAGUGCCAGGAGCUGCCAGGUCUCUGUCAGGGUGGAAACUGUGUUAACACCUUUGGUAGUUUCCAGUGUGAAUGUCCAGCAGGCUACUAUCUCAAUGAGGAGACUCGCAUCUGUGAGGGUAAGAACUGAAACUAGACUAUUUAGCUAUAUACUAUAUCGCUUAACUGCUCCUAUUUUAUACUUUUUUUCUUUUUUUUUAACCUAAAUCAUAUCUCCAUGUGCAGAUAUCGAUGAGUGCACAACCCACAUUGGUAUCUGUGGACCUGGUACCUGCUACAACACUCUGGGUAACUACACCUGCGUUUGCCCCCCUGAGUACAUGCAGGUCAACGGUGGAAACAACUGCAUGGGUGAGUAAGAGUAACCUCUUUGGCUGACAUUUGCAUUCACAAAAUAAACCCUCAGCAUGUCUUUUUUAUGUAUAUAUAUGUAAACAAUAUUUGUUUACUCUCUUCUGACACAGACAUGAGGAAGAGUGUGUGUUACCGUAACUUCAACGACACAUGUGAGAACGAGCUGUCCUUUAACAUGACUAAAAAGAUGUGCUGCUGUGCCUACAAUGUGGGGAAAGCCUGGAACAAGCCGUGUGAGGCCUGUCCAACUCCUGCCACCUGUGAGUGUCUCUCAGUGCUCCAAACAGCUGUGAAAAAAUCUGUAUAAAUAUGAAGUCUUUAUGAGUCUCCUGUCCCUCCUGUUUCAGCUGAGUACCAGUUACUGUGUGGCAACCAGGCCCCGGGCUUCAUCAUUGACAUCCACACUGGCAAGCCAAUUGGUAAGGCCAUUACGAUAUUAAAUCUGUGCCAAUCUGUGAUAGACAGACGAUUGUUCAUGCUCAUUGACCCUUCUGUUGUAUUGUUGUGUGUAGAUAUUGAUGAAUGCAGGGAGAUCCCUGGAAUCUGUCAAAAUGGAGUUUGUAUCAACCAGAUCGGGAGCUUCCGCUGUGAAUGUCCGAUGGGCUUCAGCUACAACAACAUACUUCUCAUCUGUGAAGGUAACACUUCUUGGACUCACUUGUCCUCCCUCGUCAUAAAAAAGCAGAGCAAAUGUUACUUUUGCAGUUUAGAUGAAAAUGUUUUCCUUCACAUAAAAACCUUUUUUAAUGAAGAACGCUCAUUUUUAUGAGACUGUGUGAGAAAAGAGGUGCUGCCAAGGUUUCCAGCUCUUUUACUUUGAUUUUGAUUUUGUUUGCACCGACAGAAACAAUCACACAACAUACACACAUACCUCUCGUACAGCACACACAGAAUCUCCAGUUUUUGAACAUGCUACUCAUCACUGCGUGUUUAUGCAUGAUAUAUACAGUGAAAAUAGUUUCUGUCUGCUGGCACAAUCACUUACCUCUGUUUCUGUCGUAAAUAACAUAGUCAUACUCAGUCAUACACAUCUGGAGGAACGCACAUAAACGCAGUAACACUCACUCACUGGCUGAGAGGUGAUUUCAUAAGCAGUCCCUCAGCUGAAUAAAUGCUGCCUUUCCUACAUAAAAUAUGUCCCAGUAAAAGCAACUAUAGAAGCCCUGAAUAGGAACACCUGCCUGGACUUUCAAUCACUCAGAACCUGCGGUGACUGUAUGCGCUGUAUCAGAGCCAAAAUGUAGCUGUUGUGUUUUCUCUCCUGCUGCUGACAGCCAGCUCUGAGCAGACAGUUAUGGAGCCUGAGAAUGAUGCCCACUGUUUCUCUCCCGCUGUGUAGAUAUUGACGAGUGUAACAGUGGGGAUAACCUGUGCCAACGCAAUGCCAACUGCAUCAACAUCCCAGGCAGCUACCGCUGCGAGUGCUCGCCAGGCUUCAAACUGUCGCCCAACGGGGCCUGUGUGGGUGAGUCUAGCCUGUCUGACAGGCUGUGAUGGGGUUCUCCAUUUAAAGAAGGUGGGAGGCUGACAGAAAGACUGAUCGUGCUGGUGAUGUUAGCAAAAUGUAAAACAUAGGCCCUUUGAGUUUAAACUAUAAUUAUUGAAAUUUAUGUUCCUGUAGAAAAUCUGCUUGGGAAUGGGAACUUAUCCAAGCUUUAGAUCCAUCACUGAAGGUCUGGCUGAAUCUACUCUGUAUGAAAUAUAAAGGAAAUAACACAAGUAUCUGAAUACACUCAGAUAAAAAAACAAGAUUAACCAGACACGAGAGAUUAUGUUGUAGAGAGACUAAUGUAAAUGAAACAACAGAUACUAUAAAUACAAAGCAAACUAUUGAGGUAUGACACAUGGACUAAAUAUCAUGUUGGAUUUCUACAUACCAAGUGUAACUCACAGUCAAGAAGUAGGCCAACUACAAAUCAAAGACGUUUAUUCAUCUGGAAAUGACAUCAUUAACAUCAUUAAUGCAACACCAUUAAUGUUUUUCAUCAUUGUGAGCCAAAUACCAUUAAAGGUUUUAUGUUUGGGCUUUUAUGCCCUUUAGAAAAUGAGGACUAUUUUGCAGUUGGAGGGAAGAUCUGAGCAGCGCAAUGAGGACCCGAUUUAACAGCUGACUAAAAUUUGCGCCACAGAGGAUACCUUUUGAUAAUGGAGGGGAACAAAAGCAUCGGGGAGACAUCACCUUUAUUACGCAAAAUUAUUAACUGUGUGGUGCCUUUACAGCGUUGUUUUGUUGUUUUCUCUGGUUUUCAGACCGUAAUGAGUGCCAGGAGAUUCCAAACGCCUGCAGCCACGGAGAGUGUAUAGAUACCCAGGGAAGUUAUCGCUGUCUGUGCCACAAUGGCUUCAAGGCAACUGCUGACCAGACUAUGUGCAUGGGUGAGAAACAAUGUCCACAGUUUAGCGUAUAAACAGCACUGUGUAACAUUAAACCUGCCAAGUCUUAGUAGACACAUAAUUCAUGCUUUUAUAAAUAUCUGAAUGCUUAUUCUGUCUCCCCCUGUGUUUCUUCUCUUUAUUUAGACAUUGACGAGUGUGACAGGCAGCCGUGUGGUAACGGCACCUGCAAAAACACAGUCGGGUCAUAUAACUGCCUCUGCUUCCCGGGCUUUGAGCUCACACACAACAAUGACUGCAUGGGUAAGGAUCGUACACCGCUGUACUCUCACCGAGUUAAAAGCACUUGAUGUUUGCAUUGAAUUAUCAAUCCUAUUUUCUGUUGUCGUAAAAAAAUAAUUGAAAUAAAAUGAUAUGUCUUUAAUUUCCCUGAGGGAACUUUCCUCAAAGGAUCAGUUAAGUUUUUCCUAAUCUAAUCUACUCUAAUAAAAAAUCUUCCCCUUUUUCCUUUCCUCUAGAGAAAAAAUAUCACACAAUGAAUUUUCCACCAUAAACCAGCUUCCAUGGACUUUUUGACACUUUUUCAGCAACUUUUUAAAGAUUUAUUGUUGCUGUUUUUGAAUAGACAAAAUUAAAGGAAUAUUCAGAGUUCUGAUCCUCUUGAUUUGAACCUUGCAGACAUAGACGAGUGCAGCGCCUUACAGGGCCAAGUGUGCAGGAAUGGACAGUGCAUCAAUGGACUUGGCUCCUUCCAGUGUCUCUGCCACGAGGGGUAUGAGAACACUCAGGAUGGGAAAAACUGUGUUGGUAAGUCCGCAAAAACACAAGAGAAAUAUGGGAUUGGUUGGUAUUUGUCUGUUUUCUCACAAUACAGUUUAACAAAACACACAUUUUCUCUCUUUUUCCACAGAUAUCAAUGAGUGUGUGAGUCUGCCCGGCACCUGCUCUCCAGGAACUUGUCAGAAUCUGGACGGGUCUUUCAGAUGUAUCUGUCCCCCUGGAUAUGAGGUGCAAAAUGACCAGUGUAUAGGUGAGGCACAAACACACACUCAUAGAUACACAAUCUGUACGAGCCAAAUGAUACCCAAUAAUAUAAACCAGCUUGAGUUUUGAUCAACACACUCGUCUGAACAUCAGGGACACAUUAGUGAUCCAACCAUCUGUUCUGACAUCCACACAAGUACAGGCUCAGCAGUCAUUCUCUUUUCCCUUAACACAUUUAUACACUCCUGCACAGAUAUCAACGAGUGUGAGGUGGAGCCCAACAUCUGCCAGUUUGGCACCUGCACAAACACCCCAGGAAGCUUCCAAUGCACCUGUCAGCCAGGCUUCGUACUCUCUGACAACAAACGGCGCUGCUACGGUAAGUGAAAAGGUUCCCUCGUUACGGGCCACAAAAAUGUGUCACUGUGACAUUUGCUGUAGCAGGCAGGAGGCUUUUGUUUCUCGUUUUCCGUAAAUGGCAGCAGUCGCUGUCAAUCUGUGAUGAAACAAAAGAUUUAGAGCAUCAUCUUUUUUUCUUUUAGACACCAGACAGAGCUUCUGUUUCACCAAAUUCGAAGCAGGGAAGUGCUCUGUCCCCAAAGCUUUCAACACCACCAAGGCCAAGUGCUGCUGUAGUAAGAUGCCCGGUGAAGGCUGGGGUCUUCCCUGUGAGCUGUGUCCUCGAGAGACUGAGGGUGAGUAACGCAUCAACAUGUACAAAUUUACAAACCUUUAUUAAGACACACACAUUAACACUGAGAUGUUUCUGUUAAAUAAUAACAAUGAACUUUUCUGGUGUGUUCUCAGCCGCUUUUGACACUCUCUGUCCUUACGGCCAUGGAGCGCUGCCUGGACCCGGGGACGCUCGAGAAGGUGAGUUCCACUUCACAGACUCGUGAAUGCAGCAGAUGAUUAUGGAUGUCUUGUUUUUGUCAAUCUAAUAAAAUUAUACAAAUCCCCUCUUUCCCUGUUAAGACAUGAACGAGUGUCUGGAUAACCCGGGCAUCUGCCAGAAUGGGAUCUGCAUCAACACAGAUGGUUCAUUCCGCUGCGAAUGCCCCUUCGGAUACAACCUGGAUUACACUGGAGUGAACUGUGUCGGUAAGAUGGUUUUUGAAAUGUUAGUGCACAAGCAAAUAAUAAAACUGUCUUAUAAAAACCAGACCUGCAAACAGAAAAUGAAAGGGCUGAAUUCAUUUGAGGUUUUGCCAUAAAAAAGGGAAGCAGAGAAAAAAAAAAAGCUCUAUGAUAUUUCGCUGAAUAUUUCCCCUACAUCAGCUUUAAACACCAGAAGGACCAGAGUUCAGCUAGUUCAUGCAUCACAUUAGAGUAACUGUAUGGAAGCUAAUUAGUGUUUUUGAAAGCCUAGUGUUUGGUGUGAAUGUUUCAUUGGUUUUAAUGACUUCCUCCAUCUGCCUCUGCUCUCUGUCCUCUCCAGACACCGACGAGUGCUCCAUAGGCAAUCCAUGUGGAAACGGAACCUGCACCAAUGUGGUGGGAGGUUUCGAGUGCUCAUGCCAGGAGGGCUUCGAACCUGGACCCAUGAUGACCUGUGAAGGUCAGUCAUACAUAGAGUGACACUCAUGAUAUUUACAGAGUUGUUCUGCUUUUCUAGGUCAGUUACAUUUAUGUUAUUAAACAACUAAUCUCUUAUUUUAAAAUCCCUCCCAGAUAUCAAUGAGUGCUCCAACAAUCCCCUCCUCUGUGCCUUCCGUUGUGUUAACACCUUUGGUUCCUAUGAGUGCAUGUGUCCCUCUGGAUACGUGCUGAGGGAUGACCAACGCAUGUGCAGAGGUGAGAGGGCACGACAGAUUAUCCAAUCGAAUUUCCAGUUUGCAAACGGGUCAAAACAGAACUGAACGGUCACAGUUAUUACUGACUGUCAAUUUCCUAUCACUCCUCACCAGAUCACGAUGAGUGUGCUGAGGGUCUGGAUGACUGCGACUCCAAGGGUAUGACUUGUAAGAACCUGAUUGGUACCUUCAUGUGUAUCUGCCCUCCUGGCAUGCAGCGCAGACCAGAUGGAGAUGGAUGCAUGGGUGAGUGAAAUGUUAAAGCUAGUGUGAGACUCCCUUACCUGCACCUGCUGUAGUUACUUAAAUUAUUUGCCUCUUUAUUUGCUUCAUUCUUCAUCCUUCUCUCUGCACACUUAGAUUUGAAUGAGUGUCGUGCAAAGCCCGGCAUCUGUAAGAACGGGCGUUGUGUCAACACAGUGGGAAGCUACCGCUGCGAGUGCAAUGACGGUUUUGAGCCGAGCUCCACUGGAACUGAAUGUAUCGGUGAGAUCCAUUCUCCUGGCUGACCAUGUUGUCAACUGCAAAGAUGAAGAAAUCAUAGAUGCAGUUUUGCUUUUAUUUCCUAAAAUUUAAACAUCAAAAACUUUUAAGUCAUACAUUUUUUCCUCCUUCAGACAACCGGAAGGGCUACUGCUAUGCAGAGGUUCUGCAGACGAUGUGCCAGCAGUCUUCCACCAGCAGAAACAGCGUGACCAAGUCAGAGUGCUGCUGCAACACAGGCCGAGGUUGGGGGUCUCAGUGUGAGCUCUGCCCACUGCCUGGUACCGUACAGUACAAGAAAAUGUGCCCACUUGGACCUGGCUACACUACGGAUGGCAGAGGUCAGAAGCUUGACUGAGUCCUCUCAUAAAGCGUUAUAUAUUCUAAUCAUAUUUUAAAGAAGGUACAGUUAGAAAAUAAAUUGUUGUUUUUAUAUAUUCUAACCUGUCUGAAAUGAUCCUGUGCCUCCAGACAUCAAUGAAUGCUUGGUGAUGCCGGAUCUGUGCAAGAACGGUCAGUGCAUCAACACCAUUGGAUCUUUCCGCUGUCACUGUAACGUGGGCUACAAAACCGACUUCACUGCGACCUCCUGUGUUGGUACGGCCGAUCUCCUCUCUCCAUGUGUUCUCUUUAUUUAGCUGCAAAGUCAUUCGAUUUUCCUGAUGCUGAAUAUAGCUGCGUAAUUUAGCAUCCCUGCUCACAUUUGUAUCCCCCUGUGUUUAUCCUCCAGAUAUGGAUGAGUGUGCGUUGUCUCCGAAACCCUGUAAUUUCCUGUGUAAAAACACAGAGGGCAGCUACCUCUGUUCCUGCCCAAGAGGAUACAGCCUGCAGCCUGACGGAAAGACCUGCAAAGGUAAGAGGACUCUUGGAUUGUUGUCUUUUAGUGAUGUUGUAGUUUCAUAUAGUUUUAUGCUUGUAUUUUUCAAUGAAUUUUUGUCAACACUUUACUUGACGCCUAUCUCUCUAACGCAUUAUAAAUAUAUGUAUAAUGUGGUAUAAGCACAUCAUAGCACUGUUUAACAAUAGUUAUAAACACUCAUUAAUGAUCAUGAUGUUUUAAAGCAAUAAUCAUAAUACAUUAUGAACCAUUUAAUCAUUACUUACAAGGUCAGGUAUUAUAAUGUGUUAUAACUGUUCACAACUCACUGACAAUGCCCACAGAGAUAAUGUAAUGCUACUGUUGUUAACAGUUUAAUACAAUAUAAUACCUGACCUUGUAAGUCCUGAUAAAAUGCUUUAUGUGUUAUGAUUAUUGCUAUAAAGCAUUAUGAUCAUUUAUGAAUGUUUAUAACUAUUGUUAUAAAGUGCUAUAAUGUGAUUAUAACGCAUUAUACAUAUAUUUAUAAUGCGUUUUAGAGAGAGGCAUCAAGUAAAGUAAAUUUUUUAACAUACUCAUGGCUUUGAGGGUUGUUUCCUCCAUCUAACAUUGAGCGCUUUCUUUUUUUCUCUUCAAGAUCUGGAUGAAUGUUCCACCAAGCAGCAUAACUGCCAAUUCCUCUGUGUCAACACCAUCGGAGGCUUCACCUGCAAGUGUCCUCCUGGAUUCACACAACACCAGACCGCCUGUAUUGGUGUGUAUGCUCUGUUUUAGCUCUGCAUGUUUCUUGUCAACAAAAACUCAAACAAAGGCAGCUUUUUUCCUACCAAACAUUAACUCCAGAUGUCUUUGCUUUUUCCAGACAACAACGAGUGUGCCGCUCAGAACAGCGUGUGUGGUACCCGGGCGUCUUGUGUCAACACACCUGGCAGCUUCAACUGUGAAUGCUCUAAAGGUUUCUCUUUGGACACCACAGGCAUUGAGUGUGAAGGUGAGAGGACACUGUAUUUUGAAUUUGUCUGUUUAUCUCCAAAUUCAUGGAAAUAUGAAAUGGCCGUCCUAAGAUGUUUGUGAUUAAGGAAACUGCACUUGAGAGAAAAAAGAGAUUUGAAAUCUUAUUUUUCGUUUUUCUUAGAUGUGGAUGAGUGUAGCAGUAACCAUCGCUGUCAGCAUGGUUGUCAGAACAUGCUGGGAGGCUACCGCUGUGGCUGUCCUCAAGGCUACGUGCAGCACUAUCAGUGGAACCAGUGUGUGGGUGAGUUUUCCAGGCUACAGAAAUCAAUCACCUCGUCAUCCAUCAAUAUCAUAAACACUUUAACAUGUACUUUGUAAUCGUCACACUUUCUGUCUCUCUUCCUCAGAUGAGAACGAGUGUCAGAGCUCAGCAGUGUGUGGCUCCGCCUCUUGCUACAACACACUGGGCAGCUUCAAAUGCGUGUGUCCAUCUGGCUUUGACUUUGAGCAGGGCGCUGGUGGGUGUCAGGAUGUGAAUGAAUGUAGCACAGGCAGCAAUCCCUGUAUUUACGGCUGCUCCAACACUGACGGAGGUUACCUGUGUGGCUGUCCUGGAGGUUUCUACAGAGCUGGACAGGGGUGAGGAAACGGAUUUAGAAAUUGUUUAAGUAACGGGCAGUGAAAUGUGGUGUCACUAAACUUCUUUGGCGAACAUUUGCAACAUUACAAAUUAUUAAAUCAAUUCUCACUUCUUGUUUCUACACAGUCACUGUAUAACGGGCUCAGGUUUCACGAGCCAGCUUGUGGAUGGUGAUGAGGAAGACAGUCUGUCUCCUGAAACAUGUUAUGAAUGUAAGAUCAACGGAGGAGGAAAAGGCGGACGACACAAACGAAACGCAGCUGAAAAUGAGAUUAAAAAGGUAUGUAUGUGUAUUUUUUGUCAGUUUGAGGGCAUAUUUGAAUUUCUGAAGAGCCUGUUUCAUCUCUCUCCCUCUGCCCCUUAUUUCCCCUGCAGGAACCAGCAGUGAGCAUGGCCAGCGUGGACACCCAGGACUCCAUCCACAUGAACCUCUCUCUGUCCUUCCUGCUCAACAAGGAGCCUCUACUUGAACUACUGCCUGCCCUGCAGCCCCUGGAGAACCACGUCCGCUACGUCAUCACCCACGGCAACAAUAAUGAACACUUCCGCCUGCUGGAACGCCGCGACGGAAAGAGCGUGCUCCGGUUCGGCAAGAGGCCGCCUCCACCAGGGUCCUACCGGCUAGAUAUCGCCAGUCUGCGGCUGUUCGGGCCCCGCAGACUUCACCAGCUGGAGGAUCAGCACGACAGUGACUACCUACAAGGUGAAAUAGGAGACGCCCUGCGCAUCAAGCUCCACAUCCACCUGCACUGA